AUGCCCAGCUUCUCCAGACCCUGGUCAGCCCCUACCCCCAUCCCUAUUAUACUGAUACCCAGACCCUCGUCUCCUACAGACAGACAGAGAAAGGGGGAGUUGGACAAAGAGUAGGUGUAAAAACAGAAGGAGAGAGAGAGAGAUGGGCUGAUGAAGGGCGUGAGAGAGAAGUAAAAGAGAUAAGGAGAGAGGAAUAUAAAGGAAUGGAAGAGGUAAAGGAUAGAGGGAGAGCGAUAGCAGAGAGGGACCAACCUUUCUCUAUCUGGACAGGGAGGAGGUCCAUCUUGUCCACUCUCUUCUCCAUUUCAUAUUCAGCAGAGGCAGACACGGGGUCAACAUCAUCAUUAUGCCUGUCAUAGUCCGCAUUAGAGUAGGUAAGGAACACCUGAGAGAGAGUACAUACACCAUUAUCAUCACAUCUUUCAUUGUCAAGUUUAGUGUAUGUAUGCCAGUCUUUGGUUUUCUUGGUCCCCCAGAUUGUCUCCCCUCUCUCUGCCAGCUGGACUUGAUACCACACCAUACUGUUUAUGUUGUCAGAUGCUCCAAUAUGACUGGGGUGUUAGAUGGAAACACAAGCUGUAGCAGACGCUUAGUCUUAACACAUACAGCUUAACACACACAAUGCUGAGUCAUUGCAAAUCCAUGUACUGCAGUUCAAUCUCAGAGGCAAGGAACGUCUUAGACAAAAUGGUCCUCGAACAGUUUUGGGACUUCAUUUGCCGGUAAUUAAAUCCUAAAUACACACUGACCUGGUGAAAUGUGUGCCAACAGUGCCAUACUCAGCAAAGCUCUCAGAAGACAUGGCAGCCACACAUGGGCUGAGAUGUCUGGGAGAUUUUAGAUCCUGACUGGAAUCCCUCACACUGAAAAGACUAAUGUGGAGUCACAUACAGUAGGGUAGAUGAAUGUUCUAUACUGUAUUCUAGUCAUGGCUCAUCCUAUACAACUACCUUUUCUAUUCAUAUACUGUCCAUACACAGCAUUAUAUAUACAGUGCAUUCGGAAAAUAUUCAGACCCCGUGACUUUUUCCACUUUGUUACGUUAAAGCCUUAUUUUAAAAUUAAUAAAAUUGGUUUUUUCCCCCUCCUCAAUCUACCCCCCAAAAAUAUCGGAAUUGUCCGUAGAGCGCCGAGACAGGAUUGUGUCGAGGCACAGAUCUGGGGAAGGGUACCAAAACAUUUCUGCAGCAUUGGAGGUCCCCAAGAACAUAGUGGCCUCCAUCAUUCUUAAAUGGAAGAAGUUUGGAACCACCAAGACUCUUCCUAGAUCUGGCCACCCGGCCAAACUGAGCAAUCGGGGGAAAAGGGCCUUGGUCAGGGAGGUGACCAAGAACCCGAUGGUCACUCUGACAGAGCUCCAGAGUUCCUCUGUGGAGAUGGAAUAAUCUUCAAGAAGGACAGCCAUCUCUGCAGCACUGCACCAAUCAGGCCUUAUUGGUAGAGUAGCCAGACGGAAGCCACUCCUCAAUAAAAGGCACUUAAAGACUCUCAGACCAUGAGAAACAAGAUUAUCUGGUUUGAUGAAACCAAUAUUUAACUCUUUGGCCAGAAUGCCAAGCGUCACGUCUGGAGGAAACCUGGCACCAUCCCUACGGUGAAGCAUGGUGGUGGCAGCAUCAUGCUGUGGGAAUGUUUUUCAGCAGCAGGGACUGGGAGACUAGUCAGGAUCGAGGGAGAGAUGAACGGAGCAAAGCACAGAGGGAUCCUUGAUGAAAACCUGCUCCAGAGCGCUCAGGACAUUUACAUUUAUUUUACAUUUUUAGUCAUUUAGCAGACGCUCUUAUCCAGAGCGACUUACAGUUAGUGAAUACAUAUUAUUAUUAUUAAUUUUUUUUUUUAUACUGGCCCCCUGUGGGAAUCAAACCCACAACCCUGGCGUUGCAAACGCCAUGCUCUAUCAACUGAGCUACAUCCCUGCCGGCCAUUCCCUCCCCUACCCUGGACGACGCUGGGCCAAUUGUGCGCCGCCCCAUGGGUCUCCCGGUCGCGGCCGGCUGCGACAGAGCCUGGAUUCGAACCAGGAUCUCUAGUGACACAGCUAGCACUCUGCGAUGCAGUGCCUUAGACCACUGCGCCACUCAGGAGCCCCCAGACUGGGGCGAAGGUUCACCUUCCAACAGGACAAAGACCCUAAACACACAGCCAAGACAAUGCAGGAGUGACUUCGGGACAAGUCUCUGAAUGUCCUUGAGUGGCCCAGCCAGAGCCCGGACUUGAAAUAGCUGUUCAGCGACGCUCCCCAUCCAAACUGACAGAGCUUGAGAGGAUCUGCAGAGAAGAAUGGGAGAAACUCCCCAAAUACAGGUGUUUCAAGCUUGUAGCGUCAUACCCAAAAAGACUCAAGGCUGUAGUUUCUGCCAAAGGUGCUUCAACAAAGUACUGAGUAAAGGGUCUGAAUACUUAUGUACAUAUAAAUUCGUUUUAUUUUAUUUUAUAAAUUAGCAAAAAAAUCUAAAAACCAGUUUUUACUUUGUCAUUAUGGGGUAUUGUGUGUAGAAUGGUGAGGAUUUUUAUUAAUUUAAUCCAUUUUAGAAUACGGCUGUAACGUAACAAAAUGUGGAAAAAGUUAAGGUGUCUGAAUACCUUCCGAAUGCACUGUAUGUAUAUAUAUCUCAGUGGAGGCUGGUGGGAGGAGCUAUAGGAGGACGGGCCCAUUGUAAUUGCUAGAAUGGAAUUAAUGGAACGGAGUCAAACGUGGUUUCUAUAUGUUUGAUACAAUUCCAUUUAUUCCAUUUCAGCCAUUACAAUGAGCACUUCCUCCUAUAGCUCCUCCCACCAGCCGUCAAUGAUUGAUAGAUAGAUAGAUAUACUGAACAAAAAUAUAACCCUAACAUGUAAAGUGUUGGUCCCAUGUUUCAUGAGCUGAAAUAAAAUCAUCCCAGAAAUGUUCCACACACAAAAAGCUUGUUUCUCUCAAAUUCUGUGCACAAAUUUGUUUACUUCCCUGUUAGUGAGCAUGUCUCCUUUGACAAAAUAAUCCAUCCCCCUGACAGGUGUGGCAUAUCAAGAAGCUGAUUAAACAGCAUGAUCAUUACACAGAUGCACCUUGUGCUGGGGACAAUAAAAGGCCACUCUAAAAUGUGCAGUUUUGUCACACAACACAAUGCCAAUUGGCAUGCUGACCGCAGGAAUGUCCACCAGAGCUGUUGAAUGUUCCUUACUCUACCAUAAGCCGCCUCCAACGUCGUUUUAGAAAAUUUUACAGUACAUCCAACUGGUCUCACAACCGCAGACGACCAGUAACCACGCCAGCCCAGGACCUCCACAUCCAGCUUCUUCACCUGCGGGAUCGUCUGAGACCAGCCACCCGGACAGCUGAUGAAACUGAGGAGUAUUUCUGUCUGUAAUAAAGCCCUUUUGUGGGGGAAAAACAAAUUCUGAUUUGCUGGGCCUGGCUACCAUGUGGCUGCGCCCCUUCCUAGUCAUGUGAAAUCCAUAGAUUAGGGCCUAAUGAAUGUAUUUCAAUUGGUUGAUUUCCUUUUAUGAACUGUAACUCAGUAAAAUCGUUGAAAUUGUUGCGUUUAUAUUUUUGUUCAGUGUGUGUGUGCGUAUAUAUAGCUCUGGAAAAAUAUUAAGAGACCACUGCAAAUGUUUCUUAAAUCAGCAUCUCUACAUGUAUGACAGCCAUUCCAUUCCAGUGUCUGUUGAAUUCCAACACAGGCACACCUGCUCAGCUGGUAGAGCAUGGCGCUUGUAAAGCCAAGGUAGUGGGUUCGAUCCCCGGGACCACCCAUACACAAAAAUGUAUGCACGCAUGACUGUAAGUCGCUUUGUGUAAAAGUGUCUGCUAAAUGGCAUCAUUCUACUGAAUUAGGUACUGAUUAGGUGAUUUUUUUUGAUCACAUGAACCAAAUCUUAUUUAACGAGGAAAAGUAUAAAAACCACUGCUGUGGUCAUCACUAUCCUCUUGCAAUAGGACCAGCUGGAUGGCAAAAACAGUGCUAAUAGUACCUCAAAAGUAAUAUUAAUAAAAAAAUAACUAUUGACCAUGCCAAAAGAGUUGAAAAGGAAAGUUGAGUGAGGAAAAGAAGGGUUCAAUUCUGGCUUUACUGGCAGAGGGAUACAGUGAGCGUCAGGUUGCUUCCAUCCUUAAAAUAAGAACAAGGUCAAGCAGCAGACAUUGGGGACAACAAAGCUACAGACCGGCAGAGGGCGAAAACGACUCUCUACUGACCGGGAUGACCGCCAACUCAUUCGAAUGUCACUCAACAACCGUAGGAUGACAUCAAGUGACCUACAAAAAGAAUGGCAAACGGCAGCUGGGGUGAAGUGCACGGCGAGGACGGUUCGAAACAGGCUCCUAGGGGCAGGGCUGAAGUGGUGCAAAGCUAGAAAAAAGCCCUUCAUCAAUGAGAAGCAAAGAAGAGCCAGGCUGAGGUUUGCAAAAGACCAUAAGGAUUGAACCGUAGAGGACUGGAGUAAGGCCAUCUUCUCUGAUGAGUCCAAUUUUCAGCUUUGCCCAACACCUGGUCGUCUAAUGGUUAGAUGGAGACCUGGAGAGGCCUACAAGCCAGAGUGUCUCGCACCCACUGUGAAAUUUGGUGGAGGAUCAGUGAUGAUCUAGGGGUGCUUCAGCAAGGCUGGAAUCGGGCAGAUUUGUCUUUGUGAAGGAUGCAUGAAUCAAGCCACGUACAAGGUUCUCCUGGAAGAAAACUUGCUUCCUUUUGCUCUGACAUUGUUCCCCAACUCUGAGGAUAGUUUUUUCCAGCAAGACAAUGCGCCAUGCCACACAGCCAGGUCAAUCAAGGUGUGGAUGGAGGACCACCAGAUCAAGACCCUGUCAUGGCCAGCCCAAUCUCCAGACCUGAACCCCAUUGAAAACUUCUGGAAUGUGAUCAAGAGGAAGAUGGAUGGUCACAAGCCAUCAAACAAAGCCGAGCUGCUUGAAUUUUUGCGCCAGGAGUGGCAUAAAGUCACCCAACAUCAAUGUGAAAGACGCAUGAAAGCUGUGAUUCAAAAUCAGGGUUAUUCCACCAAAUAUUGAUUUCUAAACUCUUCCUAAGUUAAAACAUUACUAUUGUGUUGUUCAAAAAUUAACAUGAACUUAUUUUCUUUGCGUUAUUCGAGGUCUGACAACACUGCAUCUUUUUUGUUAUUUUGACCAGUUGUCAUUUUCUGCAAAUAAAUGCUCUAAAUGACAAUAUUUUUAUUUGGAAUUUGGGAGAAAUGUUGUCAGUAGAUUAUAGAAUAAAACAAAAAUGUUAUUUUUACACAAACACAUACCUAUAAAUAGUAAAACCAGAGAAACUGAUAAUUUUGCAGUGGUCUCUUAAUUUUUUCCGCAGCUGUAUAUACACACAUACACACACACACAUUACCAGUCAACAUGUUUGGACACACCUACUCAUUCAAGGGUUUUUCUUUAUUUUUACUAUUUUUUACAUUGUAGAAUAAUAGUGAAGACAUCAAAACGAUUAAAUAACACAUAUGGAAUCAUGUAGUAACUAAAAACGUGUUAAACAAAUCAAAAGAUUCUUCAAAUAGCCACCGUUUGCCUUGAUGACAGCUUUGCACACUCUUGGCAUUCUCUCAACCAGCUUCAUGAGGUACUCACCUGAAAUGCAUUUCAAUUAACAGGUGUGCCUUCUUAAAAGUUAAUUUGUGGAAUUUCUUUCCUUCUUAAUGCGUUUGAGCCAAUCAGUUGUGUUGUGACAAGGUAGGGGGUGGUAUACAGAAGAUAGCCCUAUUUGGUAAAAGACCAAGUCCAUAUUAUGGCAAGAACAACUCAAAUAAGCAAAGAGAGACGACAGUCCAUCAUUACUUUAAGACAUGAAGGUCAGUCAAUACAGAACAUUUCAAGAACUUUGAACGUUUCUUCAAGUGCUAUGAGCUAUGAUGAAACUGGCUCUCAUGAGGACCGCCACAUGAAUGGAAGACCCAGAGUUACCUCUGCUGCAGAGGAUAAGUUCAUUAGAGUUACCAGCCUCAGAAAUUGCAGCCCAAAUAAAUGCUUCACAGAGUUCAAGUAAAAGACACAUCUCAACAUCAACUGUUCAGAGGGGACUGUGUGAAUCAGGCCUUCAUGGUCGAAUUGCUGCAAAGAAACCACUACUAAAGGACACCAACAAGAAGAGGAGACCUGCUUGGGCCAAGAAACAUCAGCAAUGGACAUUAGACUGAUGGAAAUUUGUCCUUUGGUCUGGAGUCCAAAUUGGAGGUUUUUGGUUCAAACUGCCGUGUUUUUGUGAGACGCGGUGUGGGUGAACGGAUGAACUCUGCAUGUGUAGUUUCCACCGUAAAGCAUGGAGGAGGAGGUGUUAUGGACUGGGGGUGCUUUGCUGGUGACACUGUCUGUGAUUUAUUUAGAAUUCAAGGCACACUUAACCAGCAUGGCUACCACCGCAUUCUGCAGCAAUACACCAUCCAAUCUGGUUUGGGCUUAGUGGGACUAUCAUUUGUUUUUCAACAGGACAAUGACCCAACACACCUCCAGGCUGUGUAAGGGCUAUUUGACCAAGAUGGAGAGUGAUGGAAUGCUGCAUCAGAUGACCUGGCCUCCACAAUCCCCGACCUCAACCCAAUUGAGAUGGUUUGGGAUGAGUCGGACGGCAGAGUGAAGGAAAAGCAGCCAACAAGUGCUCAGCAUAUGUGGGAACUUCUUCAAGACGGUUGGAAAAGCAUUCCAGCUGAAGCUGGUUGAGAGAAUGCCAAGAGUGUGCAAAGCUGUCAUCAAGGCAAAGGGUGGCUAUUUGAAGAAUCUCAAAUAUAAAAUAUGUUUUGAUUUGUUUAACACUUUUUUAGUUACUACAUGAUUCCAUAUGUGUUAUUUCAUAGAUUUGAUGUCUUCACUAUUAUUCUACAAUGUAAAGAAUUGUACAAAUAAAGAAAAACCCUUGAAUUAGUAGGUAUGUCCAAACUUUUGAAUGGUACUGCAUGUGUAUAUAUGUAUACAGUUGAAGUCAGAAGUUUACAUACACUUAGGUUGGAGUCAUUAAAACUUGUUUUUCAACCACUCCACACAUUUCUUGUUAACAAACUAUAGUUUUGGCAAGUCGGUUAGGACAUCUACUUUGUGCAUGACAAGUAUCUAUAUCCACAGUAAAACGAAUCCUAUAUCGACAUAACCUGAAAGGCCGCUCAGGAAGGAAGAAGCCACUGCUCCAAAACCGCCAUAAAAAAGCCAGACUAUGGUUUGCAACUGCACAUUGGGACAAAGAUCUUACUUUUUGGAGAAAUGUCCUCUGGUCUGAUGAAACAAAAAUAGAACUGUUUGCCCAUAAUGACCAUCGUUAUGAUGGAAAAAGGGGGGCACUUGCAAGCCGAAGAACACCAUCCCAACCGUGAAGCACAGGGGUGGCAGCAUCAUGCUGUGGGGGUGCUUUGCUGCAGGAGGGACUAGUGCACUUCACAAAAUAGAUGGCAUCAUGAGGAAGGAAAAUUAUGUGGAUAUAUUGAAGCAACAUCUCAAGACAUCAGUCAGGAAGUUAAAGCUUGGUCGCAAAUGGGUCUUCCAAAUGGACAAUGACCCCAAGCAUACUUCCAAAGUUGGCUUAAGGACAACAAAGUCAAGGUAUUGGAGUGGCCAUCACAAAGCCCUGACCUCAAUCCUAUAGAAAAUGUGUGGGCAGAACUGAAAAGGCGUGUGCAAGCAAGGAGGCCUACAAACGUGAAUCAGUUACACCAGCUCUGUCAGGAGGAAUGGGCCAAAAUUCACCCAACUUAUUGUGGGAAGCUUGUGGAAGGCUACCCGAAACGUUUGACCCAAGUUAAACAAUUUAAAGGCAAUGCUACCAAAUACUAAUUGAGUGUAUGUAAACUUCUGACCCACUGGGAAUGUGAUGAAAGAAAUAAAAACUUUAAUAAAUCUCUACUAUUAUUCUGACAUUUCACAUUCUUAAAAUAAAGUGGUGAUCCUAACUUACCUAAGACAGGGAAUUUUUACUAGGAUUAAAUGUCAGGAAUUGUGAAAAACUGAGUUUAAAUGUAUUUGGCUGAGGUGUAACUUACGACAUCAACUGUAAAUACCGGACACUGACAUUGCUCGUUCUGUUAUUUCUUAAUUUCUUUCUUUUUGGAUUAUGUGCGUAUUGUUUUGUAUUGCUAGGUAUUAUUACUAGGUAUUAUUACUGCACUGUUGGAGCUAGAAACACAAGCAUUUCGCUGCACCUGAUAACAUCUGCAAAUCUGUGUACACGACCAAUAAACUUUGACUUGUUCUUACACCUCAGCUGUUCUGAACUGAAUACCUGACAGAGCAUGAGAUCUUGCCUGUCUCCUCUUAACCUGAUGGGAUAUAAAUGUGUCUGUAGGGUUCAAAUGACUCUCCAUCUAUUCAUAAACCCUUCACUCUUCAGCUAUUCUAUCCAUGCUUUUCAUUUUACCACAACUAAGGGAUUGGGCCAUACUUACUCUCUGAAUCAAAAUCUGGCACCCCUUUAUCAAACCCAAUGGGGUGAGUGUUUUUGUGUUGUUUUUCUAACAAUGCAAUUGGGGGGGGGGGGGGGGGGGGGGGGUUUACCUUGAUUGGUGCUGUAGAGAAUUUGACCUUCCUUGUCUUAGCAAAAUCCUCAUCAUCCUCAUGAGGAAGACCGGGAAUCUCCUCAUAUUCAGCAGAGAGCUGCUCCUCUGGAUCCGGAGUUGGACAUCUUUCUGAGUCCUCUCUAGGACACAACCAAUCGCCAUGACGACACUCCGAGUCCCGUUCCCUGUCUUCCGCGAAGGCCUCGUUCUCAAUCCCAAGGAUGAUGGCAGAUCCAUUCUUCUCCUCUCCUCUCUCGGGGCACUCUCUCUCUUCUCUCUCUUUGUCCUCAUCCUUCACGUCCACUCUCCAUCUGCACUUCCUCUCUUCUUCCUCUCUCUCUUCCUCCUUCACCCUAUCCUCUCUUGGCUCCAAUCCGGCCUUCUCGUUCCCGUCCUCCUCUCUCUCCUCUUCUUCUUUGCUCUUAUUGCACAUGCUUCCUCUAUCCUCAACUUUCUCCUGCUCUCCUGCCUCAUCUCUUUCUUCCGUCCCUACCUUCUCGUUCUCCAUCUUACUCUCUCCUGUCGUCCCUUCUUCUCUAUACUGUCUGCUUUCUCCCUCCAUUUGCCCCUCCCUCCAUUCUAUCUCCUGCUGGAACAUGUCUCUCCCUGAUUCCUUCUCUCUCACCGCAGAACUGUCAGGGAAUCCCUCCACACACUCUCUUAACGAGGGUUCUACCAUUCUGUGUUCUACUGGAGGUUCAACUGUUCUCUGUUCCACCAUUUUAGUUUGCGCUGUAGGUUCAACCAUUCUCUGUUCUAACAUUCUAGGUUCCACUCUGGAUUCUUCAAACACAUCAUCCACCAGGUUAUUCUCAUUGCUCUCCUCCCUCUUGCUUUCCUCCUCUUCCUUCAUGGUCUCCUCUUCCUUCUUUAUGGUGUCCUCAUCCUCCUCUGCCUCGUUCCCUUCGCUCUCAGACGACUCGUUCUUCACCUCCACUAGCUCUGCCCUCACAGUCCUAGCCCUUGACCUCUCGGUGGGGGUCAAAGGGUCACCAGGGGUCAUGUAAAGGUCAUUAGGAUCAUUCCCCUCAGACAAACUUCUGUUGUCAGCAUUAGGACUACUAGGGCCAUAGAAGUCAGACUGGUCAGAACAGGGGGAGACUGGGGUGAGAGGACUAGGGGAGUCAUAAGAAGGGGAUGGAGGCUGAGAGUGGGGAGAGCUGGGUGCUGGGCUAGGUGGGUUGAAUACAUGGGAGCACACAGAGUCCUCACACACACUCCCAUCUAACACACUUCCAUCACACACACUCCUGCUGUCUGAGGGGUCAGCCGUAGGACUUGGGCCAUCAGGGGAAAAAGUCUCACUGGAGUGACCAUUAACAGGGUGAAGGGGUGCAGACAAGCUGGUGUCCAGUGAUAAAGUGUGUGUGUGGAGUUCUAUGUUUGGUAGAGAAAUGUGUGUGUGUAUGUUGAUGGGUUUUCUGUCCUCCCUCUCUUUCCUCCUCUCCCCCUCUCCUUCGCUUUCUGACGUGGAUGUCAGUUCCUCUCUCCCCAUGCCCCCUUCUUCCCCCCUCCCAUCCACAGACCCCCUGCUAUCUCUGCCAGGGCUGACCUUUAAACUUUGACCCCCGCUGACCGUCUCAAACAGCUUCCGGGUCACAGAGAACUUUUGAGCUAGAGCCGCUCUGUCUAUCUCUGCUAUCUCCUCUGCCUUGGACGGUUUAUCUAGCAUAGAUGAUUCUACGCUGGACAUGCUGGCCACACUGCUCCGGACAGAGCUGUAGCUGAGAGCGCAUUUGGGUAGGGUCUGAGACAAGGGGUGGAGGAGGUGCUGUUGGCUGUCCAUCUGGAGGAAGAUGUUGUCUCUGAUCUUGGUCCCUCUAGGACUGAGGGUCCUACCCCUGGAACACUCACCAGGGCCACUGGCACUGCUGGUCCUGGUGUGAGGGACCGCCAUGGGGCCUGGUGAAGGGAUAGAGAGGCUCAGCGAAGUAGGUCUAGGCUUGGUCGCGGUGUCCAAGGAGUAUUUGAUGGUGUGGAAGUCAGACUUGUAGGCGUUCCUGUGGGGGGAGGCGCUACGGCCUUUAUUGUUCGUCCGCAUCAUCUGGGGCUGGAGUCUGGUGGAGAGGUAUGGAGUUCAAUGAAGGAUGUCAAGUUUGCAUGUCUCCCUUAUUAGACAGGGUUAGAAGGUACCUCUCUGUUUCCAAACCAGUUAAGCUUUAGGACUCUGUCCACCGUCUACAGAAAAAACACACUAGGAGAGAGACAUAGGUCAGUUAACAGCAGAGGAAAUUACAGUCAUGGAAUGGCAGUGGUGCUUUUGACUUAAGAAAAAUGCAGAAGAAAAAUCUGUAUUUCAUAUCAAAUUAUCAUUUAAUGUUUGUUUUUCAUAGCCUACUUCCAACUAGGCCUACCUACUAAUAAUAAUGUUCACCAGACACUUCUGCCCCUGCGCAAUUAGCCUGGGGAUGAGGUUAACUACCUACUAACAAUCAUGAUAAAACAUGUAAAACAUAGCAAAAAAACGACAUUUAGCCUACAGUAGGCUACUGUUUGUUAACUCCAAUCUUAUAUCCGAAAAUAAUAUAGUCCUAUUGGUUCUUACCUGUUUGCAAAGCUGAAAUACAACUACAACGCAUUCGAAAGCAGGUACAUUUGAUUAUCGCUAUUGAAUUUUAACAGCAUUUAUAUUCACCAGUAUUGUCCCUGCGUCCACGCCUUUACAAACGCUGAUUGAAUUGUCCUCGGUUCAUUGUAGAAAUGCCAAACUUCGCAACUCCCCACACCUUGCGCAGACAACGCGCGCUCCGUUCACUUACCACUUGGUGCGCCACCAGAGACCAUCAAAGUGAAAGUGCGCGUGCACGAAAGACUGCUCUCAUAUCAUAUUCAGGUUGCUAGAUUUUUCUGCCUCUCCAGUCCUGUCUCCAUCCUAUAGAAAUGUCUUUGAGAAGGAUUUUGCAUGGCAUAAACCUGUGCUCUCAGUGUGCUAACAGAGGACAGAUGGCAGCUCAUGUCACUAAAUACUGAAAGUGGAUUAUCUCACUGUAAUCCUGUGUAAACUACCUCAGUGUGAACACUUACAAUCAUAGCCUGAGAGAGAGAGAGGGUGGAUGAUGAUAAUGAAUGUAACCCCCUCUAUUUAGCACACUAGGGAGAUAGUCUCUUGGGAGUAAUGAUAGGCCUAAUAAUGAUAUUAUUAUGCUAAUAAUGAACCAUAACACCCCAAAUGAGGAGCCCUUCUGAUGGCUGGUAGGAUACCACAGUGGCCUGUUUAUGGUAUUCAGUCUAACCAAGCAUUAAAUCAAAUCAAACUUUAUUUGUCACAUGCGCUGAAUACAACAGGUGUAGACCUUACCGUGAAAUGCUUACCUACAAGCCCUUAACCAACAAUGCAGUUCAAGAAAGAGUUAAGAAAAGAUUUACCAAAUAAACUAAAGUAAAAAAUAAUACAAAGUAACACAACAAAAUAACAAUAACGAGGCUAUAUACAGGGGGUACCGGUACCGAGUCAAUGUGCGGGGGUACAGGUUAGUCGAGGUAAUUUGUACAUGUAGGUAGGGGUAAAGUGACUAUACGUAGAUAAUAGACAGUUGGUAGCAGCAGUGUAAAAACAAAUGGAGGGGAGGGGGCACCAGCAUGCCUCACUGGUGCUGUCUGUCCUGUUUGGUUGGUUGAUACCCACACAGAGUAACUGGCUGUCCAGACUCUUAGCCGUAUUGUUAGCGACAGCGGUGACUUAAGAGGAUAUCAACUGAACAAUGCUAUAUGCAAUGUUCUGGUCCCACUAAUUAGACAAAGACAGGCACCCAGGCCGACUGCUUAGCUGCUGAGCACAUGGAGAAUUCAAGUGGAAAUAGCUAUUAGCCUAUCAAUCAAACUAUUAGUCAAUCAAUAAAUUAAUUACUGUCAGCCUACAUAUUAGUUCCCUAAGUGUUAUUAAUUUCCACGUUGAAAAGUGCUGUACAGUAAAGUAUAUUCACCAUUCACAAAAGGAGGUUAAAGUGGAGCAGCUUACCUGUAGCCAGCCAGCCCUGCCUCUCCUCCUGGCAGGCAGAGAAGAGUAGAACCGAGCAGGGCAGACUGGGCUAUAGAGUAUUGGGGCUAUGGUGAGUUCUGACCUGGAUAUGUACCAUUCUCCCAGGUGGCACUGGGACCUAGAUUAUAUAAAUAUCACCCAAUCAUACAACUACUGUACAGCGGGAGAGAGAGAGGGGGAGAGAGGCAGAGAGGGAUAAUGGGGGGAGAAGGAUAGAGGGAGAGGAGUGAGACUGACUUUGCUGAUAAAUUCUUUGAGAAAAAUGUACUUACUACAACUGUGAUAUGUGGUUGUCUCACCUAGCUAUUUUAAGAUUCAUGUAAGUCACUCUGGAUAAGAAAGUCUGCUAAAUGACUAAGAUGUAAAACAUGUAAAUGUAAGGAGUGAGAGAGAGGGAGGUGGGGGGAGAGGAGUGAGAGAGAGGGAGGUGGGGGAGAGACUAAGGAUGAGAAAGAAAAGAGACAGAAAGACUAAAAACGAGAGUUAGAGGAGCAUUGUUCUCCACAAUCCCAUUCAGACUGCCAUUGAGAGAAAUAGGAUGAGAAGAUACAGUAAAAGGAAGAAGGUUCGUGUUGGUUCAUGACCUCCUGCAAAUCUGCCCUCAGUUUGUUUCCUUCUGCCCUGUUUCCAGGCCAACUUUGAUCUCAGACAAACCAGGAGAGGAAGCCAACAACAAUAACAGCAGUGUGUGUGUGUGUGUGUGUGUGUGUGUCAGAUGUGGGGCUGAGUUUUGGCAGCCAAUUGUGAACCAGAUGGAGAUCUAUAGAUGGCCCUAUUGAGAGUUUAUCACAUCCACCAGGGGAUCACACAGUUGACAUGAUUUAAUCAGCAGAACAUUAAAAAACACUUUAUUAUGGCUUCUUAUGGCAAACACACAAUCACUUAUAAUCUCUGGGGUCUAUGGAUGUAGCUCAGUUGGUAGAGCAUGGCGUUUGCAAUGCCAGGGUUGUGGGUUCGAUGAAAAAUAAAAUAAAAAGUAUGAAUGCACUCACUAACUGUAAGUCGCUCUGGAUAAGAGCGUCUGCUAAAAUGACUAAAAUGUAAAAUGUAUGGGUCUGAGACAAGUACAGCAACACUGCCAUCUACUGUUCAGAAGUGCCUACUGUUGGUCAGAUGCAGUGCACCUGCUCUACACUUAGAAAAAAGGGUUCCAAAAGGGUUCUUCAGCUGUCCCCAUGGGAGAACCCUUUGAAUAACCCAUUUGGGUUCCAUAUAGAACCCUCUGUGGAAAGGGUUAUGAAUGGAACCCAAAAGGGUUCUACCUGGCUGGAACCCGAAAGGGUUCUUCAAAGGGCUCUCCCAUAGGGACAUCUGAAAACCACUUUUAGGUUCUAGAUAGAAUUGUAUUUUCUAAGAGUGUAGGCACUCCUAGAUCUGAAAUGAUUAGAUAACUGAAGGUGUAAAAAAAAGGCUAAAAUUCCACCCAGCCUAUCAGAAGGCAAGUUGAAGUAAUUUAACAUAUUGCUUAAAUAUCUAGUAGUGUCUAUUGGGUAGGGGUUGGGAUACAAAAUUCCUCUCUCUCUCAUCUAGUCUGUCUUUCACACACACACACAUGCACAUGUGACAUAUGCAUACACACAGUCCCCCUCUGUGCCAUGCUAAUGUCCUGCAGCGUUGGCUUCCUGUGAUGUUGAAGAGGACACAUUCAUUACACUGUAUUAAACCUCUUCUUCAGACAGCUGGCACUCUAACCACACACACACACACACACACAAACACUUCUUCCUCAACAGGUACCCUACAGGGAUUCUAAUAGCUCUCACUGGUAUGGGAAUCCCAGCUAACAUAGUCUGUUCAUGUGUGUGUUUCCCCCCCAUCCCUGCACACAGCAGCACUUCCCUUGCCGCCCUCCUGUCUUUAUCUUUCAUCAGUGGACAUCAACAACCCCUCUCUCUCUGUUUCCCCUCCCUCUCUCCCUCCCUGAGACGACACUGCAGGCCAGUGGAGAGCUCUCCCUCCCUCUCUCCCUCCCUGAGACCGCACUGCAGGCCAGUGGAGAGCUCUCCCUCCCUCUCUCCCUCCCUGAGACCGCACUGCAGGCCAGUGGAGAGCUCUCCCUCCCUCUCUGAGACCGCACUGCAGGCCAGUGGAGAGCUCUCCCUCCCUCUCUCCCUCCCUGAGACCGCACUGCAGGCCAGUGGAGAGCUCUCCCUCCCUCUCUCCCUCCCUGAGACCGCACUGCAGGCCAGUGGAGAGCUCUCCCUCCCUCUCUGAGACCGCACUGCAGGCCAGUGGAGAGCUCUCCCUCCCUCUCUCCCUCCCUGAGACCGCACUGCAGGCCAGUGGAGAGCUCUCCCUCCCUCUCUCCCUCCCUGAGACCGCACUGCAGGCCAGUGGAGAGCUCUCCCUCCCUCUCUUUCUCCUUUUAUCCCUCUUCCCACCCUUUUCUCUCCAUCUCCAUUACCACCCCGUCUCUCGCUCUCUCGCUGUCGCUCUUUCUCUCUGUCAAGCUCUCUCUCUUUUUUGUUCCGUUACAAUGAAGUGAAAUUUGUGCCUGAAAUGAUGUAACUAUUGGACCAAUAAAGGUAUUUUCAAAAUAAAAAAAAUCUCUCUCUCUCCACGUGCAGAAGAAAAAUCUUUUAGCGCUCGCUGUAGCUCAAACACUUCCUGUUUCCUCCCUCCUGCUGUCGUGGCACUGGUCGUCGUGGUGACAGGCUAUCAUCGUGUUGACAGCCUAUCACAGCCGUAUCUCUCCCGUUCCACCGAACUCUGAGAAGCUUGACACAAAAUGGAAUCACAUUUAUUUGUUGAUUUGGUUCCCCAUAAGCUUUUGCAGAAGCAGCAGCUAUUCUUCCUGGGGUCCACAAAAAACAUGACAAGUAACAAAACACUGAUACACUGAUAUACAAGGACAGUCCCACAAAUGUUAAAUACAAUGAUAACAAACAAUACAACAAAUAUACAAACAAUACAACAACAAAAUAAUGUGUGUGUUAGAGUGUGUCUGUGUGUGUUCGUGUAGAAUUAGAUUUUAAUUUAUAUUCAUUCUAUUUCUACGGCUCUGUGUUCCAUUCAUUAUUUCUCAAAAUUCUUUAUUUAAUAGUGUUCUGUGUGCAAUAUCUUGAAAAUUAUACUGUUCAUAAAAACAUAUUGUCUGUUCCACUUCACAUGCCAUUCUAUCUGCUGAUGAUGCAGUUGAGUGAUUGAUUCUUGACCACUGGGGAGGUCCUAAUGAUCUGAUGGUUGAUUGAUUUUUCUUUCUACUCCUCCUCUCUUCCUGUUCUUUCCUCAGUUCUGGUCUGAAAGGCCAGAAUAAGUGAAGACAACAUCCAGUCAUUAUGCCUAUCAUACACACUUGCAGGGAGAGGUUUGGUUAAGGACCUGCAUUCUAAACAAAUCUCUUUCACAUUUCAGAAAAAAUAUUCUCUAAACCUUUUUUUAUUAUCAACUCUAAUGUAUUUUAUUAUUACAGCCAAUUACUCAGCAAAUCACUUUCACUCUUCUGUUUGUAAUGCUGACUGGGGUAAGGUUAGCCCAUUCACUAACUACCUUUAGCCUCUAUUUAUGAAGGUAUCUUCUGGCCGGGGGAGUUUUGUUAAGAACCCCGACGCUCGUUCUUAACGUUAACACGCAUCACUUGCAGUACGGUUUUGGAAACCUAAGGAACGUAUAUUUCAAAUCAGCGAGAAAUAAUUUUCAAAAAACAAAAUGUUACUACUAUAUAGAUAGUACACAAGAUACUACAGUACUACAAGAUACACUAUAUGGUUAAUGUUCCCCCACGGCCAUAUCUUCAUGUUACAGCACUUGUUUUAUGGAAGACAGACAGAAGCGACCACCUGUGAUAAUUAGCUAUCUAGCAUGCUCAAACACCUGUGAUAAUUAGCUAUCUAGCAUGCUCAAACACCUGUGAUAAUUAGCUAUCUAGCAUGCUCAAACACCUGUGAUAAUUAGCUAUCUAGCAUGCUCAAACACCUGUGUUUACGAGUAACUGGGGAAGAAGUGUAGUUCGUCGGCUGGAGGCACACAGCCGUACGGAUCUGUGCAAACCCGCUACAGUAAGUGUAUCUUUUUUAUUUGAAAUAUUAUUUCUCGCUGAUAUGAAAGAUAAGUUCCAUAUGUUUUGAAAACCGUAUCACAAGUGAUGAUUAUUGAUAUUUCUAAACGUUAAAACAGAGUUUCGGGGUUGGAGAUCACAUGGUCCCACCGGAAAGCAUUGCUUAUAGCUGAGAACCCUUGGGAUAGGGUAGAGUGCCUUGGGUUCUUGAGAGCAAGGGUAGGGUACACUCUUAGAAAAAAGGGUUCAUUUGGGUUCUACAUAGAACCUUUUGGUUAUUUGGUCAAAAAGUAAAAACCUUUUCCAGAAAAUGUUUCAAUCCUCUAUAAUUCAAAAAACAACUGCCAUGUUUAUCAAGCAUGACGAUGACUCAAAAGUUGUAAAUACCAAUAAGCACACAAUUUGAAUCCAUAAUCAUAUGACAAACUAUAAGCUAGAUAGAUAACGUUGUUUUCGAGUUUGAACAUUAUAGGCUACCGUUUUAUUUGUUAGCUAGCGAGGAAAAAGCCACCUAUAAUUUGCCACUUUACAAGCUAGGUAACUCACCUUACAAAUAAACUUUAAUUUUAAUUAUUGAAUAUGCCAAAUAGAGCUACAGACCCAGCCUGACAUUCACAAUUAGCUCAUUGUAUCUUUUAUUUCAGUGUGGAGUCAGAGGCAGAGGAUCCCUCUUUCGGCUACUGCUGAUCACAACAGUGGUUCUCAACUGGAUUUGCCUCGGGACCCAAAUUGAACCAGGUUGUCUCAGUAGGCCUAUGCAUAUCAUUUUUGUCUUCAUUCUUGCAGAUAUAAGAUUGACUCAUGUUUUGGCUCCUAUUUUUCUCUUCCCAGGAACCAGCCAGGCAUUACCCAUACUAUAGCAGUAGGCCAGCUGUUCCAUGAAGAAGGUAUAAACCCUCUGAAGGUUGGUACCAAGAUUGAUGUGGGCCAUCAUUCAAAUAAAGAGCCUCUCUGACCAACAGUAAAAAAAAAUAUGUUUGCAAUACUGUACCUAAACUGCUUGGGUUUGAGUUUGCAUGACUGUAAGGACAAUAAAAUCUAAAAACUAUGCUGGUAUUCAUUUGUGCAUUAUUUGAUUGUAUUAUAUUAUCUUCUUAGCUAGUACUAUUACUAUUGUAUUAGUAGUAGGCUAGCCUAACCAUAAUUCAUAAAUAUAUGGAACAAAUUUGGUUCAGUAGACCUAAAGAAGAACCCUUUAGGGUUGGUUCAGUGAAGAAGAAUCAUUAGGGUUCUGGUCAAAGAACCCAACAUAAGGGUUCUAUAUAGAACAUUUAGGGCUGCCAUAUAGAAAGUAAGCCAUAGAACCCUUUUUGGUUCUAUUUGCAACCUUAAAGGGUCAUGUUGUCAAACCUCUAUCUCGGAUAGGAAGGGCAGUGCGCGAGCGCGAGCUCAGUUUAUUAACGACCACGCUGAAGCCGCCCUCCUGUAGCAUCUCCCGGUUUCUCAAUCACACACACCGGUUCUCGGGAAAGAUGGUCGCGGUGGAAACAUCCCCCAACUCGGCUGAAUGGGUCAGCUGUCUGGAUAAAAGGUGCGUAGAAAACAUUCUAGCCUCUUGGUCAUGGCAUCAUCUCAACGGCUGAAAAAAACGAAUUCGGGUUCGAUUAAUUCAUCAGCUUCAACGUGACAAAUCGUAAUCGGCAAUCUCUGCGUGGGUGAGUGAGAGAGAGAGAACCGCUUUGUUAUUGUGUAUCAGACGUCAUUGACAUUUUUUCAUCAUUUCGGUCGCGGUAAAAAGCGAAGCCCAUUUCUAGGCUACUAUUCAUUGUGGAUUUAACGUUACCCUUCUGUGUGUUUGUCCUUUUUGCUAGUCGUCGACAAAGGCGUAGUAGUCUUCUGGUUCACUGAUUUAUCCUCCUCACACAGCAGCAUUGUCACAUUUUAUUGUCACCGCUGCCUAAGCGCAUAACCCAGGUUAUGUAUUAGAUUUAGACAACUUUACUGUCGCAUGUGCAGAUUGUAUUAGCAUACAAAUAAUAGUGUAUAGGCUUGGUUUAUUUCGGACAUGAAGCAAGCUCGCGCCAUUCCAGUCUCCUCAUUGCAGGGUCAUUUGUCAACCAGCUGCUUAUGUGGACUGUCUACUGCUGGCCAUUCAACACACACGCCACAGGAGGUUGGUGGCACCUUAAUUGGGGAGGACGGGCUCAUAGUAAUGACUGGAAUGGUAAUCAAACUCAUUAAACACACUAACCUUCCAUGGAGUUGCAUUAUUUUCCAGAGAAUGCAUAGAACCCCUAGUUGGUUACCCCUUUUAUACCAUGGCUAUAAUUUAACACAUUUACCGCUAGAAAUGUGUUCAACAUCCACUGCGGUAACUAGCAAUUUUACUACACUGAACAAAAAUAAACGCAACAUGUAAACUGUUGGUCCCAUGUCUCAUGAGCUGAAAUAAAAUAUCCUAGAAAUGUUCCAUUUGCACAAAAAGCUUAUUUCUCUCAAAUUUUGUGCACAAAUUUGUUUACAUCCCUGUUAGUGACCAUUUCUCUUUUGCCAAGAUAAUUCAUCCACCUGACAGGUGUGGCAUAUCCAGAAUCUGAUUAAACAGCAUGAUCAUUACACAUGUAUACCUUGUGCAGUUUUGUCACACAACACAAUGCCACAGAUGUCUCAAGUUUUGAGGGAGCGUGCAAUCGGCAUGCUGACUGCAGGAAUGUCCACCAGAGCUGUUACCAGAGAAUUGAAUGUUCAUUUCUCUACCAUAAGUCACAUCCAAUGUCGUUUUAGAGAAUUUGGCAGUAUGUCCAACCGGCCUCACAACCGCAGACCACGUGUAACCACGCCAGCCCAGGAUGUCCACAUCCGGCUUCUUCACCUGCGGGAUUGUCUGAGACUAGCCACUCAGACAGCUGAUGAAACUGUGGGUUUUAACAACUGAAGAAUUUCUGCGCAAAUGGUCAGAAACCGUCUCAGGGAAGCUCAUCUGUUUGCUCGUUGUCCUCAUCAGGUUCUUGACCUGACUGCAGUUCAGCGUCGUAACCGACUUCAGUGGGAAAAUGCUCACCUUCGAUGGCCACUGGAAUGCUGGAGAAGUGUGCUUUUCACAGAUAAAUCCCGAUUUUUAACUGUACCGGGCAGAUUGCAGACAGUGUUUAUGGCGUCCUGUGGGCGAGUGGUUUGCUGAUGUCAAUGUUGUGAACAGAGUGCCCCAUGGUGGCGGUAGGGUUAUGGUAUGGACAGGCAUAAGCUACGGACAACAAACACAAUUGCGUUUUAUUGAUGGCAAUUUGAAUGCGUAUAGAUACCAUGAUGAGAUCCUGAGGCCCAUUGUCGUGCCAUUCAUCCGCCGCCAUCACCUUAUGUUUCAGCAGGAUAAUGUACGGCCCCAUGUCGCAAGGAUCUGUACACAAUUGCUGGAAGCUGAAAAUGUCCCAGUUCUUCUGGCAUGCUGAAACAUGAGGUGAUGACGGCGGAUGAAUGUCACCCAUUGAGCAUGUUUGGGAUGCUCUGGAUCGACGUGUACGACAGCGUGUUCCAGUUCCCGCUAAUAUCCAGCAACUUUGCACAGCCAUUUGAAGAGGAGUGGGACAACAUUCCACAGGCCACAAUCAACAGCCUGAUUAACUCUAUGCGAAGGAGACGUCUCGCGCUGCAUGAGACAAAUGGUAGUCAUACCAGAUACUGACUGGGUUUCUGAUCCACGCCCCUACCUUUUUUUUAUAUGAACUGUAACUCAGUUAAAUCUUUGAAAUUGUUGCAUGCUGCAUUUUAUAGCUAUAGUGGUUGUCUUGGUAACCAAACAUACUUGCUAGUUUAGCUAACCAAACUAUCAGUCCUAGCUUGUUAUUAUGAAAAUUGAAUUCAACAAUGCCAAUAAUGUUUUCAAUUCGACUUCUGCUUUCAAAAGCAGCUCAAACAUAGAACAUGUAAGAAUUAACUCUAGCCAUUGAAUUCUACCGUGGAAAUACAGUGCCUUCGGAAAGUUCAGACCCCUUGACUUUUUCCACAUUUUGUUAGGUUACAGCCUUGUUCUAAAAUUGAUUGAAUUGUUUUUCCCCUCAUCAAUCUACACACAAUACCCCAUAAUGACAAAGCAAAAACUUUGUUUUUUUCUUGAGAUUUUUGCUAAUUUAUUAAAAAUAAAAAAACGAAAUAUCACAUUUACUUAAGUAUUCAGACCCUAUACUCAGUACUUUGUUGAAGCACCAUUGGCAGCAAUUACAGCCUUGAGUCUUCUUGGCUAUGAAGCUACAAGCUUGGCACACCUGUAUUUGAGGAGUUUCUCCCAUUCUUCUCUGCAGAUCCUCUCAAGCUCUCUCAGGUCGGAUGGGGAGCGUCGCUGCACAGCUAUUUUCAGGUCUCUCCAGAGAUGUUUGAUCGGGUUCAAGUCCGGGCUCUGGCUGGGCCACUCAAGGACAUUCAGAGACUUGUCCCGAAGCCACUCCUGCGUUGUCUUGGCUGUGUGCUUGGGCUCAUUGUCCUGUUGGAAGGUGAACCUUCGCCCCAGUCUGAGGUCCUGAGCGCUCUGGAGCAGGUUUUCAUCAAGGAUCUCUCUGUACUUUGCUCCGUUCAUUUUUCUGACUAGUCUCCCAGUCCCUGCCGCUGAAAAACAUCCCCACAGCAUGAUGCUGCCACCACCAUGCUUCACCGUAGGGAUGGUACCAGGUUUCCUCCAGAUGUGACACUUGGCAUUCAGGCCAAAGAGUUAAAUAUUGGUUUCAUCAGACCAGAGAAUCUUGUUUCUCAUGGUCUGAGAGUCUUUAGCUGCCUUUUGGCAAACUCCAAGUGGGCUGUCGUGUGCCUUUUACUGAGGAGUGGCUUCCGUCUGGCCACUCUACCAUAAAGGCCUGAUUGGUGGAGUGCUGCAGAGAUGGUUGUCCUUCUAGAAGGUUCUCCCAUCUCCACAGAGGAACUCUAGAGCUCUGUAAGAGUGACCAUCGGGUUCUUGGUCACCUCCCUGACCAAGGCCCUUCUCCCCCGAUUGCUCAGUUUGGCCGGGCGGCCAGCUCUAGGAAGAGUCUUGGUGUUUCCAAACUUCUUCCAUUUAUGAAUGAUGGAGGUCAGUGUUCUUGGGGACCUUCAAUGCCGCAUAAAUUGUUGGUGCUCUUCCCCACAUCUGUGCCUCGACACAAUCCUGUCUCUGAGCUCUACGGACAAUUAUUUUGACCUUAUGGCUUGGUUUUUGCUCUGACAUGCACUGUCAACUGUGGGACCUUUAUAUAGACAGGUGUGUGCCUAUUAAAAUCAUGUCCAAUCAAUUUAAUUUACCACAGGUGGACUCCAAUCAAGUUGUAGGAACAUCUGAAGGAUGAUCAAUGGAAACAGGAUGCACCUGAGAUCAAUUUCGAGUCUCAUAGCAAAGGGUCUGAAUACUUAUGUAAAUAAGGUAUUUCUGUUUUUUUACCUGUUUUUGCUUUGUCAUUAUGGGUUAUUGUGAGUAGAUUGCUGAGGAAAUGUUUUUAUUUAAUGCAUUUUAGAAUAAGGCUGUAACGUAACAAUGUGGAAAAAGUCAAGGGGUCUGAAUACUUUCCGAAGGCACUGUAUACCAUGCAUUAUAGGGAAAUAAUGCACGCUCUAGAAUGCCCUUCAAGCCAAUCAGAAAUUAGUAUUCAACAAUUCCAUGGUAUAAAAUAGUAUUCAUAGGUUGCACCUCCGUAACUCGUUCGCGUGAUGCCAUUGUUAUGAACGCUCUCAAGCCGCUCUCUAUCGGCGGUGCCAUAGUGGUGCCCUAAAGUGGUGAUAAGCCCAGUCAUUCUGGACGCAGGCGAACUGCUGUUUACUCUAAAUUAAACUAUAAUGCCUAGAAAUACAAUGACUUUUCUAAAGUAGUCAAAUAUUUAGUAGAAAACAACUUCGCCGGCAUUAAAAUGUCAUCAAAUUUACUUUAGACAGAUGGCAAUGUUAUUAGUUAGCAAAGUUGGUCAAAAAAUAGCUAGCAAUGCUAAUGUUAGCUAGCUAAAAUCCGGUGGCCUCCCCUCAAUCUUAGCUAGCUAGCUAAUGUUAUACUGCAUCUAAAGUCAAUCUGGUGACAUCAAAAUUAUGACAAAAGGAAGAGCGUCUGCUAAAUGAUGUAAAUGUUUUCUUACUUAUUAUUUGCCUCCUUUUGAAUGUCAUUGUAUUUCCAAUCCACUGCAAUGCACUUUUGAUGAAAUCUUUAUCAGCGCUCAUUGCCGAUGCAUUGAGUAGGAUGCUCAGUCGGGCAUCAGUCCAAAACGAACCUUCAAAACAAUAUUGUGACGAAACACGCAACCCAUGAAUAGGUUAUAGUCAGAGCCAUAGAAUUAUGAAUUAGAAUACUAUAAUGGACAUGAACCUUCUUAUGACGGUAUAAAAGGUUACCCAUUUUGGUAAAGGAGUUGGUAAGCCAGUGGUCAGCCAGUGCUGUGAUAAGAUAUUGUGUAAAAUAAUUAAUUAGAAAAUGAUCUGCACAAUAUGUUUGUUAGCUAGCUAGCCAGUUAAUGUGGAAUGAUUCCAUACAUUUAAAAAAAAUGAACUGCCAAUAUGCCAACAUCCCUGCAAACAAUGCAGUCAAUCCACAGCCAUACGCUAACCAUUCUGGCACUUUGAGGGUAUAUAAUAGGAUCUCUGGUCAGAGUAUGGAAUACUGUAUUAUCCAUUAGGAAAGCUGGGGAGUGUUUUGAUGUUCUAAAUUCCAUCAGUAUGGAUGGAGGAUAAAAGAAAGAACCCAUUAGAUCAAGGCUGUACUGUGCGCACACACAUUCCAUUCCUAUAUCUAUCCUCAUUAUAAUGAUACUUCCACAGGUAACCAUGGGCAACUUGAGCUCAUUGCUCAUUGCUCUCUUUCUCUCUCUUUCUUUCUCGCUUUCUCUCUCCCUUUUCUUCUGUGUGAUGCAGUUAGAAAAAAUAUAAAUGUUUCUAAUGGGCAUCAUUAGCGCCAUCCUAAGUAUAAAGUGGCAUCCUUUCCUUGGAAUGCUUACAGGGGGUUUGGUUUCAUCUGUCCAGUUACUUUAGAUCAGUCUAGAUGAAGGAAAGGAAGCCAUGUUAGAAUGUUGAGAUGCAGCCCAUCUGCAUCGCUCCUGGUGGUGGAGAUAAGGUUACAGUGGACAUGAUGGACACAUGCACGCGCACACAAUGUUCAAAUCAAUAAACCCAGGCAGCAAUGCUAAAUCGGCUGUCUGUUACUGACAGGUACCUUAAGUGUAUGUGUGUUAGUGAUGCGCGGGUCAGCUGUUUGUUCACCCACACCUGCCCGCAGUUGCUAAUAACCCAUCCGCAACUUCCCGACUAUAUCUGUCGCAUUUGUAUAGCGCCUCACAAUCAUCAUUAUCACACAUACAGUGGGGAAAAAAAGUAUUUAGUCAGCCACCAAUUGUGCAAGUUCUCCCACUUAAAAAGAUGAGAGAGGCCUGUAAUUUUCAUCAUAGGUACACGUCAACUAUGACAGACAAAAUGAGAAUCUUUUUUCCAGAAGAUCACAUUGUAGGAUUUUUUUGAAUUUAUUUGCAAAUUAUGGUGGAAAAUAAGUAUUUGGUCAAUAACAAAAGUUUCUCAAUACUUUGUUAUAUACCCUUUGUUGGCAAUGACACAGGUCAAACGUUUUCUGUAAGUCUUCACAAGGUUUUCACACACUGUUGCUGGUAUUUUGGCCCAUUCCUCCAUGCAGAUCUCCUCUAGAGCAGUGAUGUUUUGGGGCUGUCGCUGGGCAACACGGACUUUCAACUCCCUCCAAAGAUUUUCUAUGGGGUUGAGACUGGAGACUGGCUAGGCCACUCCAGGACCUUGAAAUGCUUCUUACGAAGCCACUCCUUCGUUGCCCGGGCGGUGUGUUUGGGAUCAUUGUCAUGCUGAAAGACCCAGCCACGUUUCAUCUUCAAUGCCCUUGCUGAUGGAAGGAGGUUUUCACUCAAAAUCUCACGAUACAUGGCCCCAUUCAUUCUUUCCUUUACACGGAUCAGUCGUCCUGGUCCCUUUGCAGAAAAACAGCCCCAAAGCAUGAUGUUUCCACCCCCAUGCUUCACAGUAGGUAUGGUGUUCUUUGGAUGCAACUCAGCAUUCUUUGUCCUCCAAACACGACGAGUUGAGUUUUUACCAAAAAGUUCUAUUUUGGUUUCAUCUGACCAUAUGACAUUCUCCCAAUCCUCUUCUGGAUCAUCCAAAUGCACUCUAGCAAACUUCAGACGGGCCUGGACAUUUACUGGCUUAAGCAGGGGGACAUGUCUGGCACUGCAGGAUUUGAGUCCCUGGCGGCGUAGUGUGUUACUGAUGGUAGGCUUUGUUACAUUGGUCCCAGCUCUCUGCAGGUCAUUCACUAGGUCCCCCUGUGUGGUUCUGGGAUUUUUGCUCACCGUUCUUGUGAUCAUUUUGACCCCACGGGGUGAGAUCUUGCGUGGAGCCCCAGAUCGAGGGAGAUUAUCAGUGGUCUUGUAUGUCUUCCAUUUCCUAAUAAUUGCUCCCACAGUUGAUUUCUUCAAACCAAGCUGCUUAGCUAUUGCAGAUUCAGUCUUCCCAGCCUGGUGCAGGUCUACAAUUUUGUUUCUGGUGUCCUUUGACAGCUCUUUGGUCUUGGCCAUAGUGGAGUUUGGAGUGUGACUGUUUGAGGUUGUGGACAGGUGUCUUUUAUACUGAUAACAAGUUCAAACAGGUGCCAUUAAUACAGGUAACGAGUGGAGCACAGAGGAGCCUCUUAAAGAAAAAGUUACAGGUCUGUGAGAGCCAGAACGCUUGCUUGUUUGUAGGUGACCAAAUACUUAUUUUCCACCAUAAUUUGCAAAUAAAUUCAUAAAAAAUCCUACAAUGUGAUUUUCUGGAUUAUUUUUUCUCAAUUUGUCUGUCAUAGUUGACGUGUACCUAUGAUGAAAAUUACAGGCCUCUCUCAUCUUUUUAAGUGGGAGAACUUGCACAAUUGGUGGCUGACUAAAUACUUUUUUCCCCCACUGUAACAUAGCUGGCACUGCUAUUAGCCUAUCCUCUUUUACCACUUCACCAAAUCUCUCCAUAACAUUACUUUUCUGGCCCUCCCUUCACUUUAUUUUCAACUCUCCAUUUUGCAGCUUUUCUCUUAUUGAAUUAAAACCCUCUAUAUUCUAAGCUCAGACUAAGGUAUAUGGAAUUGUUUUAUGAAGGUCAUACCAAGGAUCAUGAAAUAAAACAUAUGGAAUCAUGUAGUAACCAAAAAAGUGUUAAACAAAUCAAAAUACACUGCUCAAAAAAAUUAAGGGAACACUUAAACAACACAUCCUAGAUCUGAAUGAAUGAAAUAAUCUUAUUAAAUACUUUUUUCUUUACAUGGUUGAAUGUGCUGACAACAAAAUCACACAAAAAUGAUCAAUGGAAAUCAAAUGUAUCAACCCAUGGCGGUCUGGAUUUGGAGACACAGUCAAAAUUAAAGUGGAAAACCACACUACAGGCUGAUCCAACUUUGAUGUAAUGUCCUUAAAACAAGUCAAAAUGAGGCUCAGUAGUUUGUGUGGCCUCCACGUGCCUGUAUGACCUCCCUACAACGCCUGGGCAUGCUCCUGAUGAGGUGGCGGAUGGUCUCCUGAGGGAUCUCCUCCCAGACCUGGACUAAAGCAUCCGCCAACUCCUGGACAGUCUGUGGUGCAACGUGGCGUUGGUGGAUGGAGCGAGACAUGAUGUCCCAGAUGUGCUCAAUUGGAUUCAGGUCUGGGGAACGGGCGGGCCAGUCCAUAGCAUCAAUGCCUUCCUCUUGCAGGAACUGCUGACACACUCCAGCCACAUGAGGUCUAGCAUUGUCUUGCAUUAGGAGGAACCCAGGGCCAACCGCACCAGCAUAUGGUCUCACAAGGGGUCUGAGGAUCUCAUCUCGAUACCUAAUGGCAGUCAGGCUACCUCUGGCGAGCACAUGGAGGGCUGUGCGGCCCCCCAAAGAAAUGCCACUCCACACCAUGACUGACCCACCGCCAAACCGGUCAUGCUGGAGGAUGUUGCAGGAAGCAGAACGUUCUCCACGGCGUCUCCAGACUCUGUCACGUCUGUCACGUGCUCAGUGUGAACCUGCUUUCAUCUGUGAAGAGCACAGGGCACCAGUGGCGAAUUUGCCAAUCUUGGUGUUCUCUGGCAAAUGCCAAACGUCCUGCAUGGUGUUGGGCUGUAAGCACAACCCCCACCUGUGGACGUCGGGCCCUCAUACCACCCUCAUGGAGUCUGUUUCUGACCGUUUGAGCAGACACAUGCACAUUUGUGGCCUGCUGGAGGUCAUUUUGCAGAGCUCUGGCAGUGCUCCUCCUGCUCCUCCUUGCACAAAGGCGGAGGUAGCGGUCCUGCUGCUGGGUUGUUGUCCUCCUACGGCCUCCACGUCUCCUGAUGUACUGGCCUGUCUCCUGGUAGCGCCUCCAUGCUCUGGACACUACGCUGACAGACACAGCAAACCUUCUUGCCACAGCUCGCAUUGAUGUGCCAUCCUUGAUGAGCUGUACUACCUGAGCCACUUGUGUGGGUUGUAGACCCACUUAUGUGGUCCUCUGUAGCUCAAUUGGUAGAGCAUGGCGCUUGUAACGCCAGGGUAGUGGGUUCGAUCCCCGGGACCACCCAUACGUAAAAAUGUAUGCACACAUGACUGUAAGUCGCUUUGGAUAAAAGCGUCUGCUAAAUGGCAUAUUAUUAUAUUAUAGACUCCGUCUCAUGCUACCACUAGAGUGAAAGCACCGCCAGCAUUCAAAAGUGUCCAAAACAUCAGCCAGGAAGCAUAGGAACUGAGAAGUGGUCUGUGGUCACCACCUGCAGAACCACUCCUUUAUUGGGGGUGUCUUGCUAAUUGCCUAUAAUUUCCACCUGUUGUCUAUUCCAUUUGCACAACAGCAUGUGACAUUUAUUGUCAAUCAGUGUUGCUUCCUAAGUGGACAGUUUGAUUUCACAGAAGUGUGAUUGAGUUGGAGUUACAUUGUGUUGUUUAAGUGUUCCCUUUAUUUUUUUGAGCAGUGUAUAUUUUAUAUUUGAGAUUCUUCAAAUAGCCACCCUUUGCCUUGAUGACAGCUUUGCACACUCUUGGCAUUCUCUCAACCAGCUUCAUGAGGUAGUCACCUGGAAUGCAUUUCAAUUAACAGGUGUGCCUUCUUAAAAGUUAAUUUGUGGAAUUUCUUUCCUUCUUUGAGGAAUCAGUUGUGUUGUGACAAGGUAGGGGGGUAUACAGAAGAUAGCCCUAUUUGAUAAAAGACCAAGUCCAUAUUAUGGAAAAAACAGCUCAAAUAAGCAAAGAGAAACGACAGUCCAUCAUUACGUUAAGACAUGAAGGUCAGUCAAUACGGAACAUUUCAAGAACUUUGAAAGUUUCUUCAAGUGCAGUCGCAAAAACCAUCAAGCGCUAUGAUGAAACUGGCUCUCAUGAGGACCGCCACAGGAAUGGAAGACCCAGAGUUACCUCUGCUGCAGAGGAUAAGUUCAUUAGAGUUACCAGCCUCAGAAAUUGCAGCCCAAAUAAAUGCUUCACAGAAUUCAAGUCGCAGACACAUCUCAACAUCAACUGUUCAGAGGGGACUGUGUGAAUUUUAUAAAAUGUAUUUUACCUUUAUUUAACUAGGCAAGUCAGUUAAGAACAAAUUCUUAUUUAUAAUGACGGCCUACACCGGCCAAACCCGGACAACGCUGGGUCAAUUGUGCACAACGCUGGGACGGCUGUGAUACAGCCUGGAAUCGAACCAGGGGGUCUGUAGUGACGCCUCAAGCACUGAGAUGCAGUGCCUUAGACCACUGCGCCACUCGGGAGCCUUCAUGAAUCAGGCCUUCAUGGUCGAAUUGCUGCAAAGAAACCAAUACUAAAGGACACCAAUAAGAAGAUGAGACCAGCUUGGGCUAAGAAACACGAGCAAUGGACAUUAGACCGGUGGAAAUGUUGUCCUUUGUUCUGGAGUCCAAAUUGGAGAUUUUUGGUUCCAACCGCCUUGUCUUUGUGAGACGUGGUGUGGGUGAACGGAUGAUCUCUGCAUGUGUAGUUCCCACCAUAAAAGCAUGGAGGAGGUGGUGUGGGGGUGCUUUGCUGGUGACACUGUGAUUUAUUUAGAAUUCAAGGCACACUUAACCAGCAUUCUGCAGCGAUACACCAUCCCAUCUGGUUUGGGUUUAGUCCCACUAUAAUUUGUUUUUCAACAUGUCAAUGACCCAACACACCUCCAGGCUGUGUAAGGGCUAUUUUACCAAGAAGGAGAGUGAUGGAGUGCUGCAUCAGAUGACCUGGCCUCCACAAUCCCCUGAACUCAACCCAAUUGAGAUGGUUUGGGAUGAGUCUGACCGCAGAGUGACGGAAAAGCAGCCAACAAGUGCUCAGCAUAUGUGGGAACUCCCUCAAGACUGUUGGAAAAUCAUUCCAGGUGAAGCUGGUUGAGCGAAGGCAAAGGGUGGCUAUUUGAAGAAUCUCAAAUUAUAUUUGGAUUUGUUUAACACUUUUUAGUUACUACAUGAUUCCAUAUGUAUUAUUUCAUAGUUUUGAUGUCUUCACUAUUAUUCUACAAUGUAGAAAAUAGUAAAAAUAAAGAAAAACCCUUGAAUGAGUAAGUGUGUCCAAACUUUUGACUGGUACUGUAUACUUCCGUUAAUUAGUUUCAACUGGUACCAGGGGACCUUCAGACUAGUCUUGCGAGGCAUGUGGGCGUCCUAGAGCAAAACGUGUUCGUUAGAGUCUCACCUUUCCACAGAGGGGUCAUAUUCGUGUGUAGCCCAAAUUGUUCAGACGCUACAGACAGAAGUUGGCAGAUCGGCUGUACUGACUCUAGACGAGUCCCAAGAUGCUUGUGGGGGUCGUAGAGCAAAACGGAGAACACCUUCGUGUUAUUGAGAGUCUCAUCUUCCCACAGAGCGGUCAAUUUGUAGGCCAAACUAUUCGGACGCUAGAGACGAUUUUGUGAGAAGUCCGAUUUUUGGGAUGUCCCAUGGUCUGACAUAACACUACUCUAGCUCUGUCACCUUUCACCGCAGAUGCAGGAGUGCGACAUCGGCGGAUGCGGUGGAUUGAGACGCCUGCAAAUAAAUAUCUCUAGUUUAAACAGACUGAUUUUUCUGGGGAUUGUUUUUACCAUACCAAUUAGAUUUCACGAGUACAGUUAGGCCCUAAGGCUUACACACUAAUGCCAGAUAGCCUCAAUGCAGCCUAUAUGUAUAAAUUGCACAAUAAUUAUACAGUUUAUGAUUUUUAAGGCAUUGUUUUCACUUUAUUCAUCCCGCCCGCCACCCACCUGCCCUUCAUCCACAGAAUAUUUCAUGACCCUAAACCCACCCGCCCUUCAGAUAUAACUGUGGAGACUGAGGGCGAUGCGGUUAUGCGUCAACCCACGCAUCACUAAUGUGUGUGUCUCUGUGUGGAUGAUAAUAAGUGUAGGCUUUUACAUGAUUUCUGAUUUGACUUCAGUUAUUAACAGGCUGUAAAUUACACUUUUAUUAGAUUAGAACUGAUCUGUAAUACAGAAGGUGACAGUGCUUGACAGAAACACAACACAAAUGGAGGUGAAAACAUGACAUUUAUCUCAGAAUAAAAAAAGGGGAAAUCUGUGAUUGCUUCAUCCAUUUUUGGACUUUUAAAUUAAUGAUAUACUGUAUACCGAUUGAUUCUUGAAGGAUGUAACUUAUAAAUGCCUCAUGAACUUAGUUCAACUGUCAUACACCAUCAGAACCCAAAAUAUUAGCUUAUUUUACUACAUUGUUCUAUAGCCUCAAAACAUGGUUAAAACUAUAAUUUUGAUAUCAUGCAUGGUCAGUCCUUGUAUCCAUAGCUCUAUCUAUGAAUUUGAGAGUGGUUACGUUUAUCCAGCCCCAUCCCUCAGCUGUUUACCGAAACAGUGGCGUGGAGGCCAUUUUAUUGUUUGAACUGCAGAUUUCUUCUUAUGUGCAGCUCCUGCUCGUAAAAAAAAAAAACGGCACUAGCUGCAUUUGGUUAAAAUUAUAAAAAUAGAAAAUUAUUAGUGUGGAAAGCUACAGUAUAUAUUUUGAUACGGUAAUGAACAGGGGCAUUGUGGAACACUUUGGUGCUGUAGUAUACAGUAAGAGAAGCUUCUAGAGCUCUCUGGUCUCUUCUCCUGUCCUGUCCCAUCUCAUCUGUACCACUGCAGGAAUAGGUCAGCCAUCUCUCACUGUGGCUCAGCUCUAGUCAGGUGUGUGUGUGUGUGUGUGUGUGUGUGUGUGUGUGUGUGUGUGUGUGUGUUGUAAUGGUUUAGCUGUAAUAUGAGGUGAAAAACUGAGAUCGCUGUUGACGUAGAGGCAGAGAAAUAAGAGAAAGGAAGAGAUGAGUGGUUAACAGGAGAAUUCAUCAUUUACUUACAGGUGGAAGGUAGCGUGAGCUGCUCUCAGACCACAUCAUCUUUGGAGAGAAACACAUUCUACUGGACAUGUUGUAUGAUGCUGGAGAGGUACAAGAAAGAGAGGAGGAAAGAGAGAUUGUAGAAGACAUUUGGCCAGAUGGGAGGUGAUCUCAGUCUGUCACCUGUAUUAUCUUUGUCAUCUAGACAUCUGGGUCAAUGCUGAGGAACAUCAAAGGUUGGGUUGCUCUUGUAUGAUGCUCUAACAGUUCCACCUGUCUAACAGAUUAACCCUAAAGUGGCAAAGAGAUAUGGAAUGAUGAGGGUGGAGGGGAGAAAAGGGAGGAGGAGUCAGAGUGGACAAGAGAGAAGCUCUGAGGAGUCAGAGAAAGCGAGAGAGAUUUACAACCUCAGGGCUGUAGCCCUCAGAAUGUGUCUUCAGCCAGGUCUUGUCCCGCUAGCAGACAAAUGUUAUUGCACAGAGAAGGUCUGAGAAAAAAGGAGAAUGAUGAAUGGAGCAGGCAUUUAACCCGUGAUACAAGUCCGUAUUCGACGUUCAUCCAUGUCUGAGGACGUCGGGAGAUGACGUGGAAACCGGCCAUUAGGGGCAACAGUGAGCGCUGUUGCUUCAAGUAGUUUUCGGUAAACAUCUGCCUCUGGUUCCACCAAAGGUUGCAUGUUUGAAUCCAGCGAUAAUUGUUUUAGAUAUUUUUGUUUUAAGCCUAUCCCAAACCUUAACCCUUACCUUAACCAUUCGGAGUUAAUGGCUAAACUUAAUGGCUAAAGGUGGAUGGAAAGAAAAUAAGGUAGAUUAGAGACAAAGAAAUAAGACAAGGGCUAGGAGAGAGGAAAUGAAGGGAAGAGAUAGAAAGCCUGUGGUAUUUGUAUGAGCAGGUCUACAGUGAGGGGAAAAAGUAUUUGAUCCCCUGCUGAUUUUGUACGUUUGCCCACUGACAAAGAAAUGAUCAGUCUAUAAUUUUAAUGGUAGGUUUAUUUGAACAGUGAGAGACAGAAUAACAGCAAAAUCCAGAAAAACGCAUGUCAAAAAUGUUAUAAAUUGAUUUGCUUUUUAUUGAGGGAAAUAAAUAUUUGACCCCUCUGCAAAACAUGACUUAGUACUUGGUGGCAAAACCCUUGUUGGCAAUCAGAGGUCAGACGUUUCUUGUAGUUGGCCACCAGGUUUGCACACAUCUCAGGAGGGAUUUUGUCCCACUCCUCUUUGCAGAUCUUCUCCAAGUCAUUAAGGUUUCAAGGCUGACAUUUGGCAACUCGAACCUUCAGCUCCCUCCACAGAUUUUUUAUGGGAUUAAGAUCUGGAGACUGGCUAGGCCACUCCAGGACCUUAAUGUGCUUCUUCUUGAGCCACUCCUUUGUUGCCUUGGCCAUGUGUUUUGGGUCAUUGUCAUGCUGGAAUACCCAUCCACGACCCAUUUUCAAUGCCCUGGCUGAGGGAAGGAGGUUCUCACCCAAGAUUUGACGGUCCAUCGUCCCUUUGAUGCGGUGAAGUUGUCCUGUCCCCUUAGCAGAAAAACACCCCCAAUGCAUAAUGUUUCCACCUCCAUGUUUGACGGUGGGGAUGGUGUUCAUGGGGUCAUAGGCAGCAUUCCUCCUCCUCCUAACACGGCGAGUUGAGUUGAUGCCAAAGAGCUCCAUUUUGAUAUCAUCUGACCACAACACUUUCACCCAGUUCUCCUCUGAAUCAUUCAGAUGUUCAUUGGCAAACUUCAGACGGGCAUGUAUAUGUGCUUUCUUGAGCAAGGGGACCUUGCGGGCGCUGCAGGAUUUCAGUCCUUCACGGCGUAGUGUGUUACCAAUUGUUUUCUUGGUGACUAUGGUCCCAGCUGCCUUGAGAUCAUUGACAAGAUCCUCCUGUGUAGUUCUGGGCUGAUUCCUCACCGUUCUCAUGAUCAUUGCAACUCCACGAGGUGAGAUCUUGCAUGGAGCCCCAGGCCGAGGGAGAUUGACAGGUCUUUUGUGUUUCUUCCAUUUGCGAAUAAUCGCACCAACUGUUGUCACCUUCUCGCCAAGCUGCUUGGCGAUGGUCUUGUAGCCCAUUCCAGCCUUGUGUAGGUCUACAUUCUUGACCCUGACAUCCUUGGAGAGCUCUUUGGUCUUGGCCAUGGUGGAGAGUUUGGAAUCUGAUUGAUUACUUCUGUGGACAGGUGUCUUUUUAUACAGGUAACAAGCUGAGAUUAGGAGCACUCCCUUUAAGAGUGUGCUCCUAAUCUCAUCUCGUUAGUUGUAUAAAAUACACCUGGAAGCCAGAAAUCUUUCUGAUUGAGAGGGGGUCAAAUACUUAUUUCCCUCAUUUAAAAUGCAAAUAAAUUUAUUACAUGCGUUUUUCUGGAUUUUUUUGUUGUUAUUCUGUCUCUCACUGUUCAAAUAAACCUACCAUAAAAAUUAUACACUGAUCAUUUCUUUGUCAGUGGGCAAAUGUACAAAAUCAGCAGGGGAUCAAAUACUUUUUCCCCUCGAGGGAGAGGGGGAGAAUCAAAGACCUGUGUGUUUUAAGUGUCUCAGAAAAAUGGCCUCUUACAUCCACACUCUGCAAGAGGUCCCAAGCUCAAAACGCCUACAGCUAUUCACUAUCACAGAGAACAGAACAGCAGAGAAACACAGAACAAAGCACACACUAACAUCCCCAUGGGCUCCCCAUGGGCGGCAGAUAGCUUAGUGGUUAAGAGCGUUGUACCAGUAACCGAAAGGUCGCUGGUUCUAAUCCCCUAGCCGACUAGGUGAAAAAUCUGUCGAUGUGCCCUUGAGCAAGGCACUUAACCCUAAUUGCUCCUGUAAGUCGCUCUGGAUAAGAGCGUCUGCUAAAUGACCUAUCUAUUUAUUUAUUUAUUUAUUUUAUUUAUUUUAUUUAUAUCCCCCAUCUCUCUCUGUAGGCCUGCGGAGCGUUCAGGAGAGGAUGUAGAUAUUAUUCUGACCAGACUAAAAGGGGUUAAAGCCUUCCAGAGGUUCCACCCCUCUCUGCUGCUGCAGAUCUGCUCCUGUGCCUUCUACGAAUACCUGGAGAAAGGCAUCACCUGUAAGUAUACGCACACACACUUGCACAUCGGUACACACUCACUCAGUGGAAUGAACCCCUGGAUAAAGGCCUCUCCAAUACCUCAUUGGCUUUCAGCUUUACUAUGACUUGUCACUUCACUGUUGACUGUUUCUGAAUGCUCUAUAAGCUGUUAUGUUAUGCUGUUAUGCUCUGUGUAGUGUUCCGCCAGGGCGACAUAGGGACCAGCUGGUAUGCUGUUCUGUCUGGCUCUCUGGACGUCAAGGUGUCAGAAACAGCCAACCACCAGGUAAAUCAGGUCUGCUUUAUACAUUUGACUACAGCUCUAUUCGGGGUUCCUCCUCUCUCGAAAGUUAUGUUCUCUAGGGUUCUGUGCUGUUCUUCUUGUGUUACUACUUGUGUAGUCCCAUUACAGCCUUGAUGAAUGUUUGGAGUGCAUUACCUACAAUACUCCAUGUUAAAAUAUGCACGCUAGGCUAGCAGCUAGCACGCUCCAGUGUUAGCUCGGAGCAAAGCUGCUGCCUCUCAAACGCUCCUCUGAGGAUUGAGCUAGUUACUGUGUGGAGGGUUCAGAAGUGCUUUAGCAAGACAGAAAGACAAAAUAGAUCGAGCAUACAGGAUUGGUUGUUAGAAUUUGAGAUGUAACAAAAGAUCCAGUUAAAAAUCCCUGUACCCGUUUGUCAUGCUCAUGUCUCUGGGCUUAGCCUGGCCUAGUUCUGAUGGCCAUUUCUGAAAUGUCAUUUGGGACAGUAGGAUGACGUUAGGUCCCCUCUAUCAUAUUAGACAUGAGGAAGAGCGUGUGUGCUGGAAAGUGAGUUUGUGCAUGUGAGUGUCCACUCUCUCACAGAGAGACCAUGUUCAUAUUAUCCGCUGUAUGUGGGUCACUAUCUGGCCAUGCUAGAAAGGAUAGAAGAACAGCACGUUAUACAGUGGGGAGAACAAGUAUUUGAUACACUGCUGAUUUUGCAGGUUGUUCUUCUUACAAAGCAUGUAGAGGUCUGUAAUUUUUAUCAUAGGUACACUUCAACUGUGAGAGAUGGAAUCUAAAACAAAAAUCCAGAAAAUCACAUUGUAUUAUUUUUAAGUAAUUCAUUUGCAUUUUAUUGCAUGACAUAAGUAUUUGAUCACCUACCAACCAGUAAGAAUUCCGCUCUCACAGACCUGUCAGUUUUUCUUUAAGAAGCCCUCCUGUUCUCCACUCAUUACCUGUAUUAACUGCACCUGUUUGAACUCGUUACCUGUAUAAAAGACACCUGUCCACACACUCAAUCGAACAGACCCCAACCUCUCCACAAUGCCCAAGACCAGAGAGCUGUGUAAGGACAUCAGGGAUACAAUUGUAGACCUGCACAAGGCUAGGAUGGGCUACAGGACAAUAGGCAAGCAGCUUGGUGAGAAGGCAACAACUGUUGGCGCAAUUAUUAGAAAAUGGAAGAAGUUCAAAAUGAUGGUCAAUCACCCUCGGUCUGGGGCUCCAUGCAAGAUCUCACCUCGUGGGCCAUCAAUGAUCAUGAGGAAGGUGAGGGAUCAGCCCAGAACUACACGGCAGGACCUGGUCAAUGACCUGAAGAGAGCUGGGACCACAGUCUCAAAGAAAACCAUUAGUAACAUACUACGCCGUCAUGGAUUAAAAUCCUGCAGGGCACGCAAGGUCCCCCUGCUCAAGCCAGCGCAUGUCCAGGCCCGUCUUAAGUUUGCCAAUGACCAUCUGGAUGAUCCAGAGGAGGAAUGGGAGAAGGUCAUGUGGUCUGAUGAGACAAAAAUAUAGUUUUUUGGUCUAAACUCCACUCGCCGUGUUUGGAGGAAGAAGAAGGAUGAGUACAACCCCAAGAACACCAUCCCAACCGUGAAGCAUGGAGGUGGAAACAUCAUUCUUUGGGGAUGCUUUUCUGCAAAGGGGACAGGAUGACUGCACCGUAUUGAGGGGAGGAUGGAUGGGGCCAUGUAUCGCGAGAUCUUGGCCAACAACCUCCUUCCCUCAGUAAGAGCAUUGAAGAUGGGUCGUGGCUGGGUCUUCCAGCAUGACAACGACCUGAAACACACAGCCAGGGCAACUAAGGAGUGGCUCCGUAAGAAGCAUCUCAAGGUCCUGGAGUGGCCUAGCCAGUGUCCAGACCUGAACCCAAUAGAAAAUCUUUGGAGGGAGCUGAAAGUCUGUAUUGCCCAGCGACAGCCCCGAAACCUGAAGGAUCUGGAGAAGGUCUGUAUGGAGGAGUGGGCCAAAAUCCCUGCUGCAGUGUGUGCAAACCUGGUCAAGACCUACAGGAAACGUAUGAUCUCUGUAAUUGCAAACAAAGGUUUCUGUACCAAAUAUUAAGUUCUGCUUUUCUGAUGUAUCAAAUACUUAUGUCAUGCAAUAAAAUGCAAAUUAAUUACUUAAAAAUCAUACAAUGUGAUCUUCUGGAUUGUUGUUUUAGAUUCUGUCUCUCACAGUUAAAGUGUACCUAUGAUAAAAAUUACAGACCUCUACAUGCUUUGUAUGUAGGAAAACCUGCAAAAUCGGCAAUGUAUCAAAUACUUGUUCUCCCCACUGUAUGUGACCAUGAUAGACAGGAAUCUAGAAUAGCACGUUCUAACCACGAGUAUGACUUGAACUACUAGCCUUAACAAUGACCCUUAGGCUGCAUUUAUAACAUUGUAACAUUGAACCUUAGGCUGCGUUUACACAGGCAGCCCAAUUCUGAUAUUGGUAUUUUGACCAAUAAUUUGCAUGUGUAAACACAGUCUUAGAUAGAUAGUGGGUCUGGAUUGAACAAGCUUCUGUCUCUGUGUAAGGCUGCGUUUACACAGUUCUGAUCUUUUGCCCAAUUAUUGGCAAAAGAUCUGAUCUGAUUGGUCAAAAGACCAAUUAGUGGCAAAAAUAUCAAUUGGGCUGCCUGUGUAAAUGCAGUCAAACUAUCCUCAGUGCUGAUGUACUGUAUGUGGUGGUUGUUCUUGCUCUAGAAAUUAAUUGCCCUUUUGUGGACAAAGAUGUAUUGAAUGUAACUGAAUCAAAUUGAAUCAAAUAAGAUAAAAUUGCGUGUGUUCUGCCUGUGUGUCUAGGAUGCUGUCAGUAUCUGCACGCUGGGAAUCGGGACGGCGUUUGGAGAGUCGAUUCUGGAUAAUACUCCUCGCCACGCCACCAUCGUCAGCAGAGAGACCAGCGAAUUGCUCCGCAUCGAACAGAGAGAGUUCAAGAGUCUAUGGGAGGUGAGAGAGAGGAAGAGAGAGAGACACAAUUACAAUUCUGAAGUGGUUCUCGCUCUGGCCACGAGGGCUGUCCACUGUCAACACCAGGCCUCCACUACAGUCCACUGUUUGUGUGACCUUGUGGAACCUGCUGUCCUUUUCACUGCCUGGGAGCAUUGGGAUGAUGCAUGCUACAACUGAACCAAUCAUCGUGUGUGUGAGUGUUUUGUCUAGCAGUUGAAAGAGGAGGAGUAGGAUGUGGAGGAAGCGCUAGUGGGCUAAGUGUUUUUGUCUCUGUGCUAAGUGCACUCCUCCUCGCUGUCUUUCUUCAGCUCUCUCUCAGCGCUCUCUUCUCUGGUGUUUAUUUUAGGAGUCUAGAGAUAGAGCAGAGAGAGUGUCUGAGGUUGUAGCUCUUACAGUGGACAUAAGAACCUCAAUGUUCUGAUCUUAUGUCAAAUGUGUGUGUGCGUAUGCAUGUGUGUUUCACACAGGAAGAGAUUAGGAUUCAUACAGUGUGGGAUAUUAGCCUUGGUGCCAGUCUCUUACUGCUGCCAUUGUCUUGAAGUAGCAUAUCACGCUGGUUAAAGGAGAGGAAACCACAAAGUGUCUGAAAGCCAGAUCUGUCAUAACACCUCCCCAGGGCCAGGUCACUCUGACUGAGAGUCACAACAUUUGACAGGUGAUACAAUAGUGUUACUACAGGGGCCCAUGGACAUGGCUGGACAGGGCUAUCACUUUUAACAGACAUACUAUUCAUCUCAACCCCACACAGUCACCCCAAAGUGUGUCAACUUCUGUCUUGUGAAAUAAGAGAAGGAGGCAGAGGAAGGGUUAGCCUUUCACUUUAUGAUCAAUUUAAGAAUUAUUUGAUAUAUAUGUUACAGUACUUUUACAGUGUGCUAUUUACCUGGUAGCAUGUUUCUUAUAAUUUACACACUAGAACGAUAAUGGUGCCGGAGGCAAGCAACACUGAAGCAUGCAUGAGAGCACCAGCUGUUCUUUACGACUGUGUGAUCAGGCUCUCCGUAGCCGAUGUGAGCAAGACCUUUAAACAGGUCAACAUUCACAAGGCCGGAGGGGCCAGACGGAUUACCAGGACUGUACUCAGAGCAUGCGCGGACCAACUGGCAAGUGUCUUCACUGACAUUUUCAACCUCUCCCUAACAGAGUGUGUAAUACCUACAUGUUUCAAACAGACCACCAUAGUCCCUGUGCCCAAGAAAGCAAAGGUAACCUGCCUAAAAGACUACCGCACCGUAGCACUCACGUCGUUAGCCAUGAAGUGCUUUGAAAGGCUGGUCAUGGCUCACAUCAAUACCAUCAUCCCGGAAAACUAGACCCACUCCAAUUCACAUACAGUGGGGAGAACAAGUAUUUGAUACACUGCCGAUUUUGCAGGUUUUCCUACUUACAAAGCAUGUAGAGGUCUGUAAUUAUUAUCAUAGGUACACUUCAACUGUGAGAGACGGAAUCUAAAACAAAAAUCCAGAAAAUCACAUUGUAAGUAAUUAAUUUGCAUUUUAUUGCAUGACAUAAGUAUUUGAUACAUCAGAAAAGCAGAACUUAAUAUUUGGUACAGAAACCUUUGUUUGCAAUUACAGAGAUCAUUCGUUUCCUGUAGGUCUUGACCAGGUUUGCACACACUGCAGCAGGGAUUUUGGCCCACUCCUCCAUACAGACCUUCUCCAGAUCCUUCAGGUUUCGGGGCUGUCGCUGGGCAAUACGGACUUUCAGCUCCCUCCAAAGAUUUUCUAUUGGGUUCAGGUCUGGACACUGGCUAGGCCACUCCAGGACCUUGAGAUGCUUCUUACGGAGCCACUCCUUAGUUGCCCUGGCUGUGUGUUUCGGGUCGUUGUCAUGCUGGAAGACCCAGCUACGACCCAUCUUCAAUGCUCUUACUGAGGGAAGGAGGUUGUUGGCCAAGAUCUCGCGAUACAUGGCCCCAUCCAUCCUCCCCUCAAUACGGUGCAGUCGUCCUGUCCCCUUUGCAGAAAAGCAUCCCCAAAGAAUGAUGUUUCCACCUCCAUGCUUCACAGUUGGGAUGGUGUUCUUGGGGUUGUACUCAUCCUUCUUCUUCCUCCAAACACGGCGAGUGGAGUUUAGACCAAAAAGCUCUAUUUUUGUCUCAUCAGAACACAUGACCUUCUCCCAUUCCUCCUCUGGAUCAUCCAGAUGGUCAUUGGCAAACUUCAGACGGGCCUGGACAUGCGCUGGCUUGAGCAGGGGGACCUUGUGUGCGCUGCAGGAUUUUAAUCCAUGACGGCGUAGUGUGUUACUAAUGGUUUUCUUUGAGACUGUGGUCCCAGCUCUCUUCAGGUCAUUGACCAGGUCCUGCCGUGUAGUUUUGGGCUGAUCCCUCACAUUCCUCAUGAUCAUUGAUGCCCCACGAGGUGAGAUCUUGCAUGGAGCCCCAGACCGAGGGUGAUUGACCGUCAUCUUGAACUUCUUCCAUUUUCAAAUAAUUGCGCCAACAGUUGUUGCCUUCUCACCAAGCUGCUUGCCUAUUGUCCUGUAGCCCAUCCCAGCCUUGUGCAGGUCUACAAUUUUAUCCCUGAUGUCCUUACACAGCUCUCUGGUCUUGGCCAUUGUGGAGAGGUUGGAAUCUGUUUGACUGAGUGUGUGGACAGGUGUCUUUUAUACAGGUAACGACUUCAAACAGGUGCAGUUAAUACAGGUAAUGAGUGGAGAACAGGAGGGCUUCUUAAAGAAAAACUAACAGGUCUGUGAGAGCCGGAAUUCUUACUGGUUGGUAGGUGAUCAAAUACUUAUGUCAUGCAAUAAAAUGCAAAUUAAUUACUUAAAAAUCAUACGAUGUGAUUUUCUGGAUUUUUGUUUUAGAUUCCGUCUCUCACAGUUGAAGUGUACCUAUGAUAAAAAUUACAGACCUCUACAUGCUUUGUAAGUAGGAAAACCUGCAAAAUUGGCAGUGUAUCAAAUACUUGUUCUCCCCACUGUACAGCCCCAACAGAUCCAUAGAUGAUGCAAUCUCAAUCGCACUCCACACUGCCCUUUUCCACCUGGACAAAAGGAACACCUAUGUGAGAAUGCUGUUCAUUGACUACAGUUCAGCGUUCAACACCAUAGUGCCCACAAAGCUCAUCACUAAGCUAAGGACCCUGGGACUAAACACCUCCCUCUGCAACUGGAUCCUGGACUUCCUGAUGGGCCGCUGCCAGGUCGUAAGGGUAGUCAACAACACAUCUGCCACGCUGAUCCUCAACACAGGGGCCCCUCAGGGGUGCAUGUUUAGUCCCCUCCUGUACUCCCUGUUCACCCAUGACUGCGUGGCCAAGCACAACUCCAACACCUUCAUUAAGUUUGCUCUCGACACAACUAUGGUAGGCCUGAUCACCGACAACGAUGAGACAGCCUAUAGGGAGGAGGUCAGAGACCUGGCAGUGUGGUGCCAGGACAACAACCUCUCCCUCAAUAUGAGCAAAACAAAGGAGCUGAUCGUGGACUAAAGGAAAAGGAGGGCCGAACACGCCCCCAUUCACAUCGACGGGGCUGUAGUGGAGCGGGUCGAGAGUUUCAAGUUCCUUGGUGUGCACAUCACCUACAAACUAUCAUAGUCCAAACACUCCAAGACCGUCGUGAAGAGGGUACGACAAAGCCUUUUCCCCUCAGAAGACUGAAAAGAUUUGGCAUUGGUCCCCAGAUCCUCAAUGUUUUACAGCUGCACCAUCGAGAGCAUCCUAACCGGAUGCAUUACUGCCUGGUAUGGCAACUGCUUGGCAUCCGACCAUAAGUUGCUACAGAGGGUAGUGCAUACAGCCCAGUACAUCACUGGGGCCAAGCUUCCUGCCAUCCAGGACCUAUAUACUAGGCGGUGUCAGAGGAAGGCCCAAAAAAUGGUCAAAGACUCCAGUCACCCAAGUCAUAGCCUAUUCUCUCUGCUACCGCACAGCAAGCGGUACCGGAGCGCCAAGUCUAGGUCCAAAAGGCUCCUUAACAGCUUCUACCCCCAAGCCAUAAGACUGCUGAACAAUUAAUCAAAUGGCCACCCAGACUAUUUUCAUUGACCCCCCCUUUGUUUUUACACUGCUGCUACUCGAUGUUUAUUAUCUUUGCAUAGUCACAAAUUACCUCGACUAACCUGUACCACACACAUUGACUCGGUACCGGUACCCCCUGUAUAUAGCCUCGUUAAUAUUAUUUUAUUGUGUUGCUUUUUCUUUUCUUUUCUUUUUUUACUUUAGUUUAUUUAGUAAAUAUUUUCUUAACUCCAUUUUCUAAAAACGGCAUUGUUGGUUAAGGGCUUGUAAGUCAGCAUUUCACGGUAUUCGGCACGUGACAAAUAACAUUUUAUUUGAAUGGUCCUUGCAUAAUACUUACAUAAUAGUAACAUUUUGGUUUCUUUGGGAUUCUCUGAAACAAAUGCUGUCUAUCGUCCUUCUGUCUCUCUCACAUACUCUCCCCCUUUCCGUCUCUCGCUGAAAAGCUGUGAUUGUCAUGGCAACCGCUUGGCUUGUUUAGAGAGAGACGCUAAGAACUGGAGUGCUGUUUCAAAGAGGUGUGUGUGUGUGUGAGAGAGGGGGGAGACAUCUGGGGUAGUACUGAGGAUGCUGGAUUCCUGGUUGUGUGGUAUGGAUUACAGGAGCAGAGGGCACCUCUUAGGGGAUCUUCACAGCCUUACAACGUAGAGAAGACCCUGGGUGAGUUUAGUCAAGUGUGUGUGUGUACUCAUUCAUGAAUUGAUAGAAAAUACAAACACCCGGUAAACUCUGUUAUGAUUUCGGUGCGGAUGUGAUAUCAGCUGAUUGUUGGUUGUGUCUGUGUGUCAGCAGGUUCCUGAAUGUUAAAGGGCCUCUCUUCCUGUGUGUGUGUUUUGGCAAACUCCUGAAGGCAUGGGCUUCCCUGGUAAUGACUAAAGAGCACACAGACGUUAGAGUUCAGCAUUACAUAAUAUUGGAGAACUCCAUUUGUAAGUUCAUCCAUGUGUGUGUUGAGCAUUCAGGCAGGGUUAAGGAAAUCAAGCAAUCUGCAAUAUUUGUCUUGAAAUAUGGAUAUGAACACAAGAGUGAGUGGUGCAAUUAUAGGGUUGUUACGGUGAACGUUUUACCUCCACACCGGCAGUCACGAGUCAUGACCGCAGUCUCCCGAGUGGCGCAGUGGUCUAAGGCACUGCAUCGCAGUGCUAGCUGUGCCACUAGAGAUCCUGGUUCGAAUCCAGGCUCUGUCGUAGCCGGCCGUGACCGGGAGACCCAUGGGGCAGCGCACAAUUGGCCCAGCGUCGUCCAGGGUAGGGGAGGGAAUGGCCGGCAGGGAUGUUGGUAGAGCAUGGUGUUUGCAACGCCAGGGUUGUGGGUUCGAUUCCCGCGGGGGGCCAGUAUGAAAAAUAAAUACAAAUAUGUAUGUACUCACUAACUGUAAGUCGCUCUGGAUAAGAGCGUCUGCUAAAUGACUAAAAUGUAAAUGUAAAAUGAUUCCCACGGGGGGCCAGUAUGUAUAACUGUAAGUCGCUCUGGAUAAGAGCGUCUGCUAAAUGACUAAAAAUGUAAAAUGUAAAUUCCACAUGACCGUUGAGUCACAGUAAUUAGGCUUCUCCAAAACUGUGCUCUGAUGCUGCUGAUGGUCAUUAGUAGCCAACCAAACUUGCUAACGGCCAAUCAGUCGCUAAUGGCUUGGUACCCAGCGCUCUAUUGUCCCUCUAAUCACACUGACAUCAAUGCAAAUGUGUUCUAAAAUCAAAUCGAACACUUCAUGAGAGCCCUGGCAUUCAGAGUUUGAGCUGAAUAGGAUAUAGAAUCACCUGUUGCACAGCGAGAGCCAGCUCCUCAUAGCUGGUUGAUGCAUGGAAUUAAAUGUGUCCCUAUAAGCCUAUGCAAUUGUGUGAGAAAACAAUGUUUUGAUGGCCUCAAGGCUAUUAAAAAGAGGCGGAUCCCAUCAGCUUUCUAUAGGCUAGGCAUACUGUAUUUAUUUCUCAACUUUCCUAAUAUUAAGCACAUUGCUUCGCUUUACAACUGGAGUAGCCUACCUGGCUGGCAUGAAAAGGAACCGUGGGUGACGUAUUUUUAAUGGCCCAUUCUAAAUCAAAACAAAUUUCACACAUAUUAUUUAGUAUAUGUAUAGACAAGAUUAAAUUGAUAAUAAUAAUAUUAUCACUUGUGAAUUAUGCCCGACGUGUGCAGUCUAAGGCAAGAAACAGCACAUGCAUUUUUUGCGACUUUUUCGAAUCAUAGUCACAUGCAUCAGUUAGCCUUGCCCAUAGGCCUAUAUGUUUUGAUAAGAUUUCUAUGACAGCUGAUGUGGCCAAAUGACUCCAAGUGUAGCCUAUAGGCCUAGGACCCCUGGAACAGGGUUGGAGACCCCAUAGCCUACAGAGCCUAGUGAAAUGUGUUCUUAUAAGCCCAGUCAUUGCGCAAUCGCGUGUGAAAAAGGUGCGUGCUUAUAAUGUUUAAGAGAAACAUGAAUGUGUUGAAAAUCCCAAAUUGUUUGCAUAGUCAAUUUACACACAGCUCUGACACACACACUUACCCCACCAGACAUGCCACCAGGGUUAUUUUCCCAGUCGCCAAAUCCAGAACAAAUUCAAGAAAGCAUGCAGUAUUAUAUAGAGCCAUUAUUGCAUGGAACUCCGUUCCAUCUCAAAUUGCUCAAAUAAACAGCCAACCUGGUUUAAAAAAACAGAUAAAGCAACACCUCGCGGCACAACGCCUCUCCCCUAUUUGACCUAGAUAGUUUGUGUAUGUAUUGAUAUGUAGGCUACGUGUGCCUUUAAAAGAAAUGUAUGUAGUUCUGUCCUUGAGCUGUUCUUGUCUAUUUAUGUUCUGUAUUAUAUCAUGUUUCAUGUUUUGUGUGGACCCCAGGAAGACUAGCUGCUGCUUUUGCAACAGCUAAUUGGGAUCCUAAUAAAAUAUCAAAAUACCCCUCCUGUACUUCCUGUUCACCCGUGACUGCGUGGCCACGCACAUCUCCAACUCAAUCGUCAAGUUUGCAGACCACACAACAGUGGUAGGCCUGAUUACCAACAACGAUGAGACAGCCUACAGGGAGAAGGUGAGGGCCCUGGCGGAGUGGUGCCAGGAAAAUAACCUCAACAUCAACAAAACGAAGGAGCUGAUCGUGGACUUCAGGAGACAGCAGAGAGAGCACACCCCCAUCCACAUCGACGGGGUCGCAGUGGAGAAGGUGAAAAGCUUCAAGUUCUCGGCGUGCACAUCACUGACACUCUGAAAUGGUCCAUCCACACAGACAGUGUGGUGAAGAAGGCGCAGCAGCGCAUCUUCAAAACCAGGAGGCUGAACAAAUUUGGCUUGGCCAUAAAACCCUCAUGAACUUCGACAGAUGCACCAUUGAGAGCAUCCUGUUGGGCUGUGUCACCGCCUGGUAUGGCAAUUGCACCGCCCACUACCGCAGGGCUCUCCAGAGGGUGGUGAGGUCAGCCCAACGCAUCACCGGGGGCACACUGCCUGCCCUCCAAGACAUCUACAGCACCCGUUGUCACAGGAAGGCUAAGAAGAUCAUCAAGGACCUCAGCCACCCGAGCCAUGGCAUGUUCACCACACUACCAUCUAAAAGGCGAAGACCGUACAGGUGCAUCAAUGCUGGGACCGAGAGACUAGAAAAACAGCUUCUAUCUCCAGGCCAUCAGACUGUUAAAUAGUCACCACUAGCCGGCCUCCGCCCAGUACCCUGCCCUGAACUUAGUCACUGUUACUAGCUGGCUACCACCCGGCACUCUAACCUGCACCUUAGAGACUGUCGCCCUAUGUACAUAGUCAUUGAACACCAGUCAAUUUAAUAAUGUUUACAUACUGUUUUACCCACUUCAUAUGUAUAUACUGUAUUCUAGUCCAGGCUCAUCCUAUAUAACUACUGCUGUACCCACCCUUUAUAUUAAUAUACUGUGUAUAGACACAAUGAUAUAUAUAUAUAUAUUACUGCUCAAAAAAAUAAAGGGAACACUAAAAUAACACAUCCUAGAUCUGAAUGAAUGAAAUAAUCUUAUUAAAUACUUUUUUCUUUACAUAGUUGAAUGUGCUGACAACAAAAUCACACAAAAAUUAUCAAUGGAAAUCAAAUUUAUCAACCCAUGGAGGUCUGGAUUUGGAGUCACCCUCAAAACCACACUACAGGCUGAUCCAACUUUGUAAUGUCCUUAAAACAAGUCAAAAUGAGGCUCAGUAGUGUGUGUGGCCUCCACGUGCCUGUAUGACCUCCCUACAACGCCUGGGCAUGCUCCUGAUGAGGUGGCGGAUGGUCUCCUGAGGGAUCUCCUCCCAGACCUGGACUAAAGCAUCCGCCAACUCCUGGACAGUCUGUGGUGCAACGUGGCGUUGGUGGAUGGAGUGAGACAUGAUGUCCCAGAUGUGCUCAAUUGGAUUCAGGUCUGGGGAACGGGCGGGCCAGUCCAUAGCAUCAAUGCCUUCCUCUUGCAGGAACUGCUGACACACUCCAGCCACAUGAGGUCUAGCAUUGUCUUGCAUUAGGAGGAACCCAGGGCCAACCGCACCAGGAUAUGGUCUCACAAGGGGUCUGAGGAUCUCAUCUCGGUACCUAAUGGCAGUCAGGCUACCUCUGACGAGCACAUGGAGGGCUGUGCGGCCCCCCAAAGAAAUGCCACCCCACACCAUGACUGACCCACCACCAAACCGGUCAUGCUGGAGGAUGUUGCAGGCAGCAGAACGUUCUCCACGGCGUCUCCAGACUCUGUCACGUCUGUCACAUGUGCUCAGUGUGAACCUGCUUUCAUCUGUGAAGAGCACAGGGCGCCAGUGGCGAAUUUGCCAAUCUUAGUGUUCUCUGGCAAAUGCCAAACGUCCUGCACAGUGUUGGGCUGUAAGCACAACCCCCACCUGUGGACAUCGGGCCCUCAUACCACCCUCAUGGAGUCUGUUUCUUACCGUUUGAGUAGACACAUGCACAUUUGUGGCCUGCUGGAGGUCAUUUUGCAGGGCUCUGGCAGUGCUCCUCCUGCUCCUCCUUGCACAAAGGCGGAGGUAGCAGUCCUGCUGCUGGGUUUACAUUUUAUUUACAUUUUUUGUCAUUUAGCAGACGCUCUUAUCCAGAGCGACUUACAGGAGCAAUUAGGGUUAAGUGCCUUGCUCAAGGGCACAUCGACAGAUUUUUCACCUAGUCGGCUCUGGGAUUAGAACCAGCGACCUUUCGGUUACUGGCACAACGCUCUUAACCACUAAGCUACCUGCCGCCCCGAUCUUGCAUGGAGCCCCAGACCGAGGGUGAUUGACCGUCAUCUUGAACUUCUUCCAUUUUCUAAUAAUUGCGCCAACAGUUGUUGCCUUCUCACCAAGCUGCUUGCCUAUUGUCCUGUAGCCCAUCCCAGCCUUGUGCAGGUCUACAAUUUUAUCCCUGAUGUCCUUACAAAGCUCUCGGGUCUUGGCCAUUGUGGAGAGGUUGGAGUCUGUUUGAUUGAAUGUGUGGACAGGUGUCUUUUAAACAGGUAACGAGUUCACACAGGUGCAGUUAAUAUAGGUAAUGAGUGGAGAACAGGAGGGCUUCUUAAAGAAAAACUAACAGGUCUGUGAGAGCCAGUAUUCUUACUGGUUGGUAGGUGAUCAAAUACUUAUGUCAUGCAAUAAAAUGCAAAUUAAUUACUUAAAAAUCAUACAAUGUGAUUUUCUGGAUUUUUGUUUUAGAUUCCGUCUCUCACAGUUGAAGUGUACCUAUGAUAAAAAUUACAGACCUCUACAUGCUUUGUAAGUAGGAAAACCUGCAAAAUCGGCAAUGUAUCAAAUACUUGUUCUCCCCACUGUGUAUGUAAUAAUAAUAAUAAUAAUAAUAUGCCAUUUAGCAGACGCUUUUAUCCAAAGCGACUUACAGUCAUGCGUGCAUACAUUUUUUGUGUAUGGGUGGUCCCGGGGAUCGAACCCACUACCUUUGCGUUACAAGCGCCGUGCUCUACCAGCUGAGCUACAGAGGACCACAUGUGUGUAUGUGUGUAUAUAUAUAUAUAUAUAUAUAUAUAUAUAUAUAUAUAUAUAUAUCAAAUCAAAUCAAAUCAAAUUUUAUUGGUCACAUGCGCCGAAUACAACAGGUGCAGACAUUACAGUGAAAUGCUUACUUACAGCCCUUAACCAACAGUGCAUUUAUUUUAAACAAAAAAAGUAAGAAUAAAACAACAACAAAAAAAGUGUUGAGAAAAAAAGAGCAGAAGUAAAAAUAAAGUGACAGUAGGGAGGCUAUAUAUACAAUAGAAUAAAGUGACAGUAGGGAGGCUAUAUAUACAGGGGGGGUACCGUUGCAUAGUCAAUGUGCGGGGGCACCGGCUAGUUGAGGUAGUUGAGGUAAUAUAUAUAUAUAUAUAUAUAUAUAUAUAUAUAUAUAUAUAUAUAUAUAUAUAUAUAUAUAUAUAUAUAUAUAUAUAUAUAUAUAUAUAUACAGGACACACCUGCUCAUUCAAGGGUUUUUCUUAAUUUUUACUGUUUUCUAAAUUGUAGAAUAAUAGUGAAGACAUCAACUAUGAAAUAACACAUGGAAUCAUGUAGUAACCAAAAAAGUGUUAAACAAAUUAAAAUAUAUUUUAGAUUCUUCAAAGUAGCCACCCUUUGCCUUGAUGACAGCUUUUCACACUCUUGGCAUUCUCUCAACCAGCUUUAUAAGGUAGUCACCUGGAAUGCAUUUCAAUUAACAGGUGUACCUUGUUAAAAGUUAUUUUGUGGAAUUUCUUUACUUCUUAAUGCGUUUGAGCCAAUCAGUUGUGUUGUGACAAGGUAGGGGGGAUAUACAGAAGAUAGCCCUAUUUGGUAAAAGACCAAGUCCAUAUUAUGGCAAGAACAUCUCAAAUAAGCAAAGAGAAAUGACACUACAUCAUUACUUUAAGACAUGAAAGCCAGUCAAUCCAGAACAUUUCAAGAACUUUGAACGUUUCUUCAAGUGCAGUCGCAAAAACCAUCAAGCGCUAUGAUGAAACUGGCUCUCAUGAGGACCACAACAGGAAAGGAAGACCCAGAGUUACCUCUGCUAUAGAGGAUAAGUUCAUUAGAGUUAACUGCACCUCAGAUUGCAGGCCAAAUAAAUGCUUCACAGAGUUCAAGUAACAGAUACAUCUCAACAUCAACUGUUCAGAGGAGACUGCAUGAAUCAGGCAUUCAUGGUCGAAUUGCUGCAAAGAAACCACUACUAAAGGACACCAAUAAGAGGAAGACUUGCUUGGGCCAAGAAACACGAGAAAUUGACAUUAGACCGGUGGAAAUCUGUCCUUUUGGUCUGGUGUCCAAAUUGGAGAUUUUUGGUUCCAACUGCCGUGUCUUUGUAAGACGCAGAGUAGGUGAAUGGAUGAUCUCUGCAUGUGUGGUUUCCACCGUGAAGCAUGGAUUAGGUGUGAUGGUGUGGGGGUGCUUUGCUGGUGACACAGUCAAUGAUUUAUUUAGAAUUCAAGGCACACUUAACCAGCAUGGCUACCACAGCAUUGUGCAGCGAUAUGCCAUCCCAUCUGGUUUGCGCUUAGUGUUCAAAGCUGUCAUCAAGGCAAAGGGUGGCUAUUUGAAGAAUCUCAAAUAUACAAUAUAUUUCGAUUUGAAAAGUAACACUUUUUGUGUUUGCUACAUGAUUCCAUAUUUUAUCAUGUUGAUGUCUUAUUCUACAAUGUAGAAAAUUGUAAAAAUAAAGAAAAACCCUUGAAUGAGUAGGUUUUCUAAAACUUUUGGCUGUGUGUGUGUGUGAGAGAGAGAGAUAUAAUUUUGGUCUCUGAUAUUUCUUGAUUUCUUUCUUAGAAUUUUUGGGAUUUGUGUGUGUAUUUUCAGGUAUUACUGCACUGUUGGAGCUAGAAACAGAAGCAUUUUGCUGCACCUGCGAAGUCUGCAAAAUAUGUGUACGCGACCAAAACAUUUGAUUUGAGUUUUGACUGGCAACUAUUUAAAAGAGGAUCCCAGCUUUCUCGUGCUGCUUUAUUUUUUGCUCAAUUAUUACAAUUAAGCACAUUAAUCCGCUUUACAACCAUUGUAGCCUACCUGGCAUAUUUAAAACGUAACUGCAUGUACAGUACCUUCAGAAAGUAUUCACACCUUUUGACUUUUUCCACAUUUUGUUCUGUUACAUCCUGAAUUUAAAAUGUAUUACAUUUAGAUUGUUUUUGUCACUGGCCUACAAACAAUACCCCAUAAUGUCAAAGUGGAAUUAUGUUUUUAUAAUUUUUUUACAAAUGAAAAGCUGAAACGUCUUGAGUCAACUAUUCAACCUCUUUGUUAUGGCAAGCCUAAAAUAAGUUCUGGAGUAAACAUUUGCUUAACAAGUCACAUAAGUUGCAUGGACUACCUCAUCUCAUAGUCCCCUGUAGCUCAGUUGGUAGAGCAUGGCGCUUGCAAUGCCAGGGUUGUGGGUUAGUUUCCCACGGGGGGCCAGUAUGAAAAUGUAUGCACUCACUAACUGUAAGUCGCUCUGGAUAAGAGCGUCUGCUAAAUGACUAAAAUGUAAAUGUAAAUCUCUGUACCCCACACAUUCUGUAAGGUCAGUCAGUCGAGCAGUGAAUUUCAAACACAGAUUCAACCACAAAGACCAGGGAGGUUUUCCAAUGCCUCUCAAAGAAUGGUACCUAUUGGUAGAUGGGUAAAAAUAUAAAAAGCAGACAUUGAAUAUCCCUUUGAGCAUGGUGAAGUUAUUAAUUACAAUUUGGAUGGUGUAUCAAUACACCCAGUCACUACAGAGAUACAGGCAUCCUUACUAACUGAGUUGCCGGAGAAGAAGGAAUCCGCUCAGGGAUUUCACCAUGAGGCCAAUGGUGACUAAAACAAUUACAGAGUUUAAUGGCUGUGAUCGGAGAUAACUGAGGAUGGAUCAACAUUGUAGUUACUCCACAAUACUAACCUAACUGACAGAGUGAAAAGAAGGAAGCCUGUACAGAAAAACAAAUAUUCCAAAAAUAUUCUUUAUUUUUAUCAAGAGCCUACGGCUGAAACUAGCCAGCUAACUAGCUACUUGCUAUUAGCUACCGUUAGCGGUCUUCACCACUGUCUGUGGCCUGCACUACCUACCAGCCAGCUCUAGCCUGGACAAUUAUCGGCCAGUCUGCAGAGCGUGCUAUCGACCCAGAGCAUAUCGGAUUUUCUGCCGGAGUAACCGAAUGGCUGUUGUUGGCUAAUCACCACUUCCCGACAUACCAGUUAGCCUUGAGCUAGCCUCGAGCCAGGCCCAUCUCCCGGCUAUCUACCUCUCUGUCAACCGGACGGGACCUCCUAGUGUCGACACGGAGCCCUGCCGAUCCAUCACGACUGGUCUGCCGACGUAAUCGUCUGAUGUGGUUUCAACAGGCUUCCCGUUGCGACGACCACGAAGAUCCAUCUGCUAGCCCCGGCCCGCUAGCACGCGCAAUCAACUGCCGUGCCUCCUGCUCGCCUGUGUUUUAGCUGCCUACAAUCUGCUCCCGGACUUACGUAGUGCUGUUCACUGGACCUUAUGAUCACUCAGCUACACAGCUAAUGCCUGCUGGACUGUUCCUUUAUGCGGUACCCCAUCCUGUUUAUCUGUUUAGCCUCAGCGCAAACUUCCGUCGCCAUUACCAGUUGUUGUCUUAGCCCUCUCGAAUAACACCUGUGAUUGCGUUAUGCCUCUCUCCCAUGUCAAUAUGCCUAGCCUAUUGCUGUUUGGGUUAGUUCUUAUUAUACAAUUUCAUCUGUAGAGCCCCAAGUUCAGCUCAGCCAGCCUCAGAGAGCUCCUUUGUCCCACCCCCCCAUACACGCGGAGACCGGCUCAAUCGGUACCUCCAGUGAUGCUAUCUCUUUCAUAGUUACCCAAUGCUUAGGUGUACCUCCACUGUACUCAUAUCCUUCCAUAUCCUCGUCUGUACAUAAUGCCCUGAAUCUAUUCUACAACGCCCGGAAAUCUGCCCCUUUUAUUCCCUGUACCCAACGCACUAGAAGACCAGUUCUUAAAAUUCUAUUCCUCCUCUGGUGAUGUAGAGGUUAACCCAGGCCCUGUAGCCCCCAGCGCUAUCAUCUUGGGCUCCCGAGUGGCGCAGUGGUCUAAGGCACUGCAUCUCAGUGCUUGAGGCGUCACUACAGACCCCCUGGUUCAAUUCCAGGCUGUAUCACAACCAGCCGUGAUUGGGAGUCCCAUAGGGCGGCGCACAAUUGGCCCAGCGUCGUCCGGGUUUGGCCGGUGUAAGCCGUUUAUUGUAAAUAAGAAUUUGUUCUUAACUGACUUGCCUAGUUAAAUAAAGGUAAAAUAAAUAAAUAAAUAAAUGUGUGACUUCUGUAACCGUAAAAGCCUUGGUUUCUUGCAUGUUAACAUCAGAAGCCUCCACCCCAAGUUUGAGUUAUUCACUGCGUUAGCACACUCUGCCAACCCUGAUGUUCUAGCAGUGUCUGAAUCUUGGCUUAGGAAGGCCACCAAAAAUUCAGAAAUGUCCAUCCCCAACUACAACAUUUUCCGUCUAGAUAGAACUGCCAAAGGGGGCGGAGUUGCAAUCUACUGUAGAGCUCUAUCGUACUAUCCAGGUCUGUGCCCAAACAGUUUGAGCUUCUACUUCUAAAAAUCCAUCUAUUAAGAAAUAAGUCUCUCACUGUUGCCGCUUGCUACAGGCCCCCAGUUGUGCCCUGGACACCAUAUGCUAAUUGCUUGCCCCCCAUCUAUCCUCAGAGUUCGUACUGCUUGGUGACCUAAACUGGGAUAUGCUUAACACCCCGGCCGUCCUACAAUCUAAACUAGAUGCCCUCAAUCUCACACAAAUUAUCAAGGAACCUACCAGGUACAACCCUAAAUCCGUAAACAUGGGCACCCUCAUAGAUAUCACCCUGAAUAAUUUACCCUCUAAAUACACCUCCGCUGUCUUCAACCAGGAUCUCAGCGAUCACUGCCUCAUUGCCUGCGUCAGUAAUGGGUCCGCGGUCAAACGACCACCCCUCAUCACUGUCAAACGCUCCCUGAAAACACUGGGUAUCAUGGAUGGAUAUUGACCUCAUUCCGUCAGUAGAGGAUGCCUGGAUGUUCUUCAAAAGUGCUUUCCUCUCCAUCUUAAAUAAGCAUGCCCCAUUCAAAACAUUCAGAACUAAGAACAGAUAUAGCCCCUGGUUCACCCCAGACUUAACUGCCCUUGACCAGCACAAAAACAUCCUGUGGCGUACUGCAUUAGCAUCAAACAGCCCCCGCGAUAUGCAACUUUUCAGGGAAGUCAGGAACCAAUAUACAGUGGGGAAAAAAAGUAUUUAGUCAGCCACCAAUUGUGCAAGUUCUCCCACUUAAAAAGAUGAGAGAGGCCUGUAAUUUUCAUCAUAGGUACACGUCAACUAUGACAGACGAAAUGAGAAUUUUUUUUCCAGAAAAUCACAUUGUAGGAUUUUUUAUGAAUUUAUUUGCAAAUUAUGGUGGAAAAUAAGUAUUUGGUCAAUAACAAAAGUUUCUCAAAACUUUGUUAUAUACCCUUUGUUGACAAUGACACAGGUCAAACGUUUUCUGUAAGUCUUCACAAGGUUUUCACACACUGUUGCUGGUAUUUUGGCCCAUUCCUCCAUGCAGAUCUCCUCUAGAGCAGUGAUGUUUUGGGGCUGUCGCUGGGCAACACAGACUUUCAACUCCCUCCAAAGAUUUUCUAUGGGGUUGAGAUCUGGAGACUGGCUAGGCCACUCCAGGACCUUGAAAUGCUUCUUACGAAGCCACUCCUUCGUUGCCCGGGCGUUGUGUUUGGGAUCAUUGUCAUGCUGAAAGACCCAGCCACGUUUCAUCUUCAAUACCCUUGCUGAUGGAAGGAGGUUUUCACUCAAAAUCUCAUGAUACAUGGCCCCAUUCAUUAUUUCCUUUACACGGAUCAGUCGUCCUGGUCCCUUUGCAGAAAAACAGCCCCAAAGCAUGAUGUUUCCAUCCCCAUGCUUCACAGUAGGUAUGGUGUUCUUUGAAUGCAACUCAACAUUCUUUGUCCUCCAAACACGACGAGUUGAGUUUUUACCAAAAAGUUAUAUUUUGGUUUCAUCUGACCAUAUGACAUUCUCCCAAUCCUCUUCUGGAUCAUCCAAAUGCACUCUAGCAAACUUCAGACGGGCCUGGACAUGUACUGGCUUAAGCAGGGGGACACGUCUUGCACUGCAGGAUUUGAGUCCCUGGCGACGUAGUGUGUUACUGAUGGUAGGCUUUGUUACUUUGGUCCCAGCUCUCUGCAGGUCAUUCACUAGGUCCCCCCGUGUGGUUCUGGGAUUUUUGCUCACCGUUCUUGUGAUCAUUUUGACCCCACGGGGUGAGAUCUUGCGUGGAGCCCCAGAUCGAGGGAGAUUAUCAGUGGUCUUGUAUGUCUUCCAUUUCCUAAUAAUUGCUCCCACAGUUGAUUUCUUCAAACCAAGCUGCUUACCUAUUGCAGAUUCAGUCUUCCCAGCCUGGUGCAGGUCUACAAUUUUGUUUCUGGUGUCCUUUGACAGCUCUUUGGUCUUGGCCAUAGUGGAGUUUGGAGUGUGACUGUUUGAGGUUGUGGACAGGUGUUUUUUAUACUGAUAACAAGUUCAAACAGGUGCCAUUAAUACAGGUAACGAGUGGAGGACAGAGGAGCCUCUUAAAGAAGAAGUUACAGGUCUGUGAGAGCCAGAAAUCUUGCUUGUUUGUAGGUGACCAAAUACUUAUUUUCCACCAUAAUUUGCAAAUAAAUUCAUUAAAAAUCCUACAAUGUGAUUUUCUGGAUUUCUUUUCCUCAAUUUGUCUGUCAUAGUUGACGUGUACCUAUGAUGAAAAUUACAGGCCUCUCUCAUCUUUUUAAGUGGGACAACUUGCACAAUUGGUGGCUGACUAAAUACUUUUUUUCCCCACUGUACACAAUCAGUUAGGAAAGCAAAGGCUAGCUUUUGCAUCCUGUAGCACGAACUCCAAAAAGUUUUGGGACACUGUAAAGUCCCUGGAGAAUAAGAGCACCUCCUCCCAGCUACCCACUGCACUGAGGCUAGGAAACACUGUCACCACCGAUAAAUCUACGAUAAUCGUGAAUUUCAAUAAGCAUUUUGCUACGGCUGGCCAUGCUUUACACCUGGCUACCCCUACCCCGGCCACCAGCUCUGCACCCUCCACUGCAACUUGCCCAUGCCCCCCCUGCUUCUCCUUCACCCAAAUUCAGAUAGCUGAUGUCCUGAAAGAGCUGCAAAAUCUGGACCCCUACAAAUCAGCUGGCUAGACAAUCUGGACCCUUUCUUUCUAAAAUUAGCCGCCGAAAUUGUCGCAACCCCUAUUACUAGCCUGUUCAACCUCUCUUUCGUAUUGUCUGAGAUCCCCAGAGAUUGGAAAGCUGCCGCGGUCAUCCCCCUCUUCAAAGGGGGUGACACUCUAGAUCCAAACUGUUACAGACCUAAAUCCAUCCUGCCCUUCGAAAGUAUUUGAAAGCCAAGUUAACAAACAGAUCACCGACCAUUUCGAAUCCCACCGUACCUUCUCUGCUAUGCAAUCUGGUUUCCGAGCUGGUCAUGGGUGCACCCCAGCCACGCUCAAGGUCCUAAACGAUAUAAUAACCGCGAUCGAUAAAAGACAGUACUGUGCAGCCAUCUUCAUCGACCUGGCCAAGGCUUUUGACUCUGUCAAUCACCGCAUUCUUAUUGACAGACUAAAUAGCCUUGGUUUCUCAAAUGACUGCCUCGCCUGGUUCACCAACUACUUCUCAGAUAGAGUUCAAUGUGUCAAAUCGGAGGGCCUGUUGUCUGGACCUAUGGCAGUCUCUAUGGGGGUUCCACAGGGUUCAAUUCUCGGGCCGACUCUAUUCUCUGUGUAUAUCAAUGAUGUCGCUCUUGCUGCUGGUGACUCUCAGAUCCACCUCUACGCAGAUGACACCAUUUUGUAUACAUCUGGCCCUUCAUUGGACACUGUUAACAAACCUCCAAACGAGCUUCAAUGUCAUACAACACUCCUUCCGUGGCCUCCAACUGCUCUUAAACGCUAGUAAAACUAAAUGCAUGCUCUUCAAUCGAACGAUGCUUGCACCCGCCCGCUCGACUAGAAUCACUACUCUCAGCGGGUCUGACUUAGAAUAUGUGGACAACUACAAAUACCUAGGUGUCUGGUUAGACCGUAAACUCUCCUUCUAGACUCACAUUAAGCAUCUCCAAUCCAAAGUUAAAUCUAGAAUAAGCUUUCUAUUUCGCAAACAAAGCCUCCUUCACUCAUGCUGCUAAACAUGCCCUCAUAAAACUGACUAUCCUACCGGUCCUUGACUUCGGCGAUGUCAUUUACAAAAUAGCUUCCAACACUCUACUCAGCAAAUUGGAUGUAGUCUAUCACCGUGCCAUCCGUUUUGUCACCAAAGCCCCAUAUACUACCCACCAUUGUGACCUGUACGCUCUUGUUGGCUGGCCCUCACUACAUAUUCGUCGCCAAACCCACUGGCUCCAGGUUUUCUAUAAAUCACUUCUAGGCAAAUCCCCGCCUUAUCUUAGAUCAUUGGUCACCAUAGCAACACCCACCCGUAGUAUGCGUUCCAGCAGGUAUAUCUCACUGGUCAUCCCCAAAGCCAACACCUCCUUUGGCUGCCAUUCCUUCCAGUUCUCUGCUGCAAAUGACUGAAACAAACUGCAAAAAUCUCUGAAGCUGGAGACACUUCUCCCUCACUAACUUUAAGCAUCAUUUGUCAGAGCAGCUUACCGAUCACUGCACCUUUACACAGCCCAUCUGUAAUUAGCCCACCCAACUACCUCAUCCCCAUAUUAUUUACAUUGUUAUUUAUUUUGCUCAUUUGCACCCCAGUAUCUUAUCUCCAUAACUUACUACAUUUGCACACACUGUAUAUAGAUUUUCUAUUGUGUUAUUGACUGUACGUUUUUGUUUAUUCCAUAUGUAACUCUGUGUUGUUGUUUUUACCGCACUGCUUUGCUUUUAUCUUGGCCAGGUCGCAGUUGUAAAUGAGAACUUGUUCUCAACUGGCUUACCUGGUUAAAUAAAGGUUAAAUAAAAAAAUAAUAAAAUAAUUCUGUUUGCAACAAGGCACUAAAGUAAUACUGCAAAAAAAAAGUGGUACAGCAAUUAACUUUUUGUCCUGAAUACAAAGUGUUAUGUUUGAGGCAAAUCCAAUACAACACAUUACUGAGUACCACUCUCCAUAUUUUCAAGCAUAGUAGUGGCUGCAUCAUGUUAUGGGUAUGCUUGCAAUCGUUAAGGACUGAUGAGUUGUUCAGGAUAAAAAAGAAACUAAAUGGAGCUGAGCACAGGCAAUAUCCUAAAGGAAAACCUGGUUGUCUCCUUUCCUCCAGACACUGGAAGAUGAAUUCACCUUUCAGGAAAAAGACAAACUAAAACAGAAGGCAAAAUCUACACUGGAGUUGCUUACAAAGAAGACAGUGAAUGUUCCUGAGUGGCUGAGUUACAGUUUUGACUUAAAUCUACUUUUAUCUAUGGCAAGACCUGAAAAUGGUUGUCUAGCAAUGAUCAACCAGCAAUUUGACAGAGCUUGAAGAAUUUUGAAAAUAAUAAUGCGUAAAUGUUGCACAAUCCAGGUGUGGAUAGCUCUUAGAGACUUACCCAGAAAGACUUGCAGGUGUAAUCGCUGCUAAAGGUGCUUCUACACAGGGGUGUGAAUACUUAUGUAAAUUAGAUACUUCUGUAUUUCUAUUUUCAAUACAUCUGCAAAAAUUUAUAAAAACACGUUUUCACUUUGUCAUUAUGUGGUAUUGUGUGUAGAUGGGUGAGAAAAUAAAUGUAAUCCAUUUUGAAUUCAGGAUGUAACACAACAAAAUGUGGAGUAAGUCAAGGGUAUAAUACUUUCUGAAGGCACUGUAACCUCCAUUCGCUAUUUGAGUGCAGUCUACGGAUUACUUUUUUUUUCGUGGGCUAUACUAAAUAAAAAAUAGUUGCCUAUAUGUAAAGACCAGAUUAAAUUGAUAAUAGUCUGAUGGGUGAGAAUAUUAUCAAAUGCUUGUCAAAUUGUGAACGAGAGACUGAUGAAGUGUGUGCAGCCUGCGCAAUAAACAUAGCAGAGCACUUCCCUUUCAUUAGACUUUUUUUCAAAUCAUCAUUAGUCGCAUCAUGCAUCCUUAGAAUGUAUUAGAAAUCAAAACAUAUAACAUAAGGUUUGUGUCACAACUAAAGUUGCAAAAAUAACUCUAAAUUAAGCAUAUAGGAGGACCCGUUUCAAAUUAUCACUUUGUUAACCGCUCAACACAGCAUGUGCGUACUCCCUCAGAAAUAGUUUGGGAAAAAUGUAUUUUCUAUUUUAUUCAGCUAUGUUCAAUUGUAUUCUUCUUACUAUAAAAUAAUAUAAAAUAAUGCCACAGGCAUUAUAAGCAAAUUAACUAGUGUAGCCCACAGCCAUAUGGCAUAGCCAGAUCAGGGCCUAACAUAAGGACAACUCAGAAUAUGCUAUGCUGUUCAAUAUUUUUCUUCAUAUCAUAAUGUUUGUUUCUUUAGACCUGCCUAAAAUAAAUCAUGAAUUUAUUGUGAUGUGUAGGAUAUACAGUGAGGGGAAAAAAGUAUUUGAUCCACUGCUGAUUUUGUACGUUUGCCCACUGACAAAGAAAUUAUCAGUCUAUAAUUUUAAUGGUAGGUUUAUUUGAACAAUGAGAGAUAGAAUAACAACAACAAAUGCAUGUCAAAAAUGUUAUAAAUUUAAUUAGCAUUUUAAUGAGGGAAAUAAGUAUUUGACCCCCUCUCAAUCAGAAAGAUUUCUGGCUCCCAGAUGUCUUUUAUACAGGUAACGAGCUGAGAUUAGGAGCACACUCUUAAAGGGAGUGAAACACGGCGAGUUGAGUUGAUGCCAAAGAGCUCAAUUUUGGUCUCAUCUGACCACAACACUUUCACCCAGUUCUCCUCUGAAUCAUUCAGAUGUUCAUUGGCAAACUUCAGACGGCCCUGUAUAUGUGCUUUCUUGAGCAGGGGGACCUUGCGGGCGCUGCAGGAUUUCAGUCCUUCACGGCGUAGUGUGUUACCAAUUAUUUUCUUGGUGACUAUGGUCCCAGCUGCCUUGAGAUCAUUGACAAGAUCCUCCCGUGUAGUUCUGGGCUGAUUUCUCACGAUCAUUGCAACUCCACGAGGUGAGAUCUUGCAUGGAGCCCCAGGCCGAGGGAGAUUGACAGGUCUUUUGUGUUUCUUCCAUUUGCGAAUAAUCGCACCAACUUUUGUCACCUUCUCACCAAGCUGCUUGGCGAUGGUCUGGUAGCCCAUUCCAGCCUUGUGUAGGUCUACAAUCUUGUCCCUGACAUCCUUGGAGAGCUUUUUGGUCUUGGCCAUGGUGGAGAGUUUGGAAUCUGAUUGAUUGAUUGAUUGAUUGAUUGCUUCUGUGGACAGGCGUCUUUUAUACAGGUAACAAGCUGAGAUUAGGAGCACUCCCUUUAAGAGUGUGCUCCUAAUCUCAGCUUGUUACCUGUAUAAAAGACACCUGGGAGCCAGAAAUCUUUCUGAUUGAGAGGGGGUCAAAUACUUAUUUCCCUCAUUAAAAUGCAAAUCAAUUUAUAACAUUUUUGACAUGCGUUUUCUGGAUGUUGUUAUUCUGUCUCUCACUGUUCAAAUAAACCUACCAUUAAAAUGAUAGACUGAUGAUAAUUUCUUUGUCAGUGGGCAAACGUACAAAAUCAGCAGGGGAUCAAAUACUUUUUUCCCUCACUGUAUGUUAAUUGACGAUGAAGUACCGUGAGACUUGCAGUUAUUUGCAUGACAAUUACCGUCGGACAAAAUGUCAUGACGGCCACAUCCCUAGGCGCUAACAUACACUCUCUACACACUCCACUGCACUCUGUGUCCUUGCUGUACUCAUUGACCCUGAUUGAGAAUACAGCCUCGUGUGUGUGCAUGUUUGUUUGUUAUGUAAUGUGAGAUGUUCCACAUGUAAAUGGUCCCUAGGUGACAAAUGGCUUUGUUUUGAGGGAAGCUUGUAGGCUGUGUGUGUUGGCGGACGUGCGUGUGCAUUUGUGCUCGCUUGUAUGUGGGGAAGGGGGAGCUAUUCAGGGUCAUAUAGGGAUCUAAUGACCAGAGUUUUUGGCAUUUUAUUUGGUUCCCCAUUAGCUGUUGCAGAAGCAGUAGCUACUCUUCCUGGGGUCCACAUAAAACAUGACAAAAUACAGAACACUAAUAGACAAGAACAGCCACACAUUUAAAAUAAAAAAAAUACAACGUGCGGUCCUGUACUGCAUAUACAUACAACAUAUUCAUAUACAGCAUAUACAUACACAUUUGUUGUUGUGAGGUGAUGAGUAAGGCACUAGAGCCCUGUUCAGACUAAUGUUAAUGGAGGGUCAGACAGAUGAAGUGUGUGUGUGUGUUUAUUGAUUAUGAUGACCAAUGCUGUGUGUGUUGUGUUGUAGAAGUACCGUCAGUGUAUGGCUGGACUUCUGGCCCCUCCAUAUGGAGCCAUGGAGAGUGGAUCCAACAAUGACCGUGAGUAACUACAAUACCACUGACGGUAUAAUAUUGAAAUAUAAAAAUAGCAUAUUACACAUAUCACCAUGGUCAUAACUCUGUGUCUCCCUUCUCCCUCAGGGCUGGCAGACAAAGACAGUCUAGGUUCCGAUACGCUCAUCCUCAUGAACAAGUCUCUCAACAAGGUAAGAUGGCCCAUUUCAAUGUUAUACAGUGAAGGUAAUAUCACUUAUCGUGCUCAACUAACCCCAAACUACUGCCUUUUAAAAUCUGUAUACUGUGUAAGACUGUAAACUGUGGUGUGUGUGUUCUAAAAGGAAACUAUUGAUCGUUUUUUUUUUUUUUUUUUAAGGAGGGGGUGUUUGUGUAUUCACACAAACAAACAUGCAGGCACACACACCGCUACCUCUGUAGUUAUGCUAAUGAAAGGUAAUUCAUGUACACGGAACGAAAGGUACCAUCUGCCCAUUUAUGAUGCCCUCUUUUGUAGUGCUAAACUGGAGCAGAAGUAGCUAUCUCUCUGUGUGUGUGUGGGUGUGAUUUGUGUUUUUCUCCUCCUUUUUUCUCACCUUUCAUUCAUGGCUCUACUAUCCCUGACAGCAGUUGUGGUUGCUAUGGAAACUGGGAGUGUUACGAUAGGUUGGGUGGUUGUGAUUCACAUCUUAGCGAGUGUAUAGUAAAUAUGAGGGGGAUGAGGGCUUAUGUUGGCAGAGGCAUGAAAUGAAAGUCCCCUGGAUUUCUCAGCUCAUCGUUUUAAAUUAUUAAAACCUGGAGGCUGAGACUCUCACUAUGAUUGUUACUGUCUAGCUAGAGCUGACAGAAGUAUGGUGUUCCUGUGUGAUAUCUCUAGGUUCCGUCAGAGAAGCUGCAGCGAGGGGGGAAGGUGAUGCGGAACGCCAUCCUCUCCAGAGCACCCCACAUGAUCAGAGACAGGAAGUACCACCUCAAGACAUACAGGUGUGGGUGUACAGUACCAGUCAAAAGUUUGGACACACCUACUCAUUCAAGGGUUUUUCUUAAUUUUUACUAUUUUCUACAUUGUAGAAUAAUAGUGAAGACAUCAAAACUAUGAAAUAACACAUAUGGAAUCAUGUAGUAACCAAAAAAGUGUUAAACAAAUCAAAAUAUAUUUUAUAUUUGAGAUUCUUCAAAUAUCCACCCUUUGCCUUGAUGACAGCUUUGCACACUCUUGGCAUUCUCUCAACCAGCUUCACCUGGAAUGCUUUUCCAACAGUCUUGAAGGAGUUCCCACAUAUGCUUAGCACUUGUUGGCUGCUUUUCCUUCACUCUGCCGUCCGACUCAUCCCAAAUAAUCUCAAUUGGGUUGAGGUCGGGGGAAUGCGGAGGCCAGGUCAUCUGAUGCAGCACUCCAUCACUCUCCUUCUUGGUCAAAUAGCCCUUACACAGCUUGGAGGUGUGUUGGGUCAUUGUCCUGUUGAAAAACAAAUGAUAGUCCCACUAAACCCAAACCAGAUGGGAUGACGUAUCGCUGCAGAAUGCUGUGGUAGCCAUGCUGGUUAAGUGUGCCUUGAAUUCUAAAUAAAUCACAGACAGUGUCACCAGCAAAGCACCCCCACACCUUAACACCUCCUCCUCCAUGCUUUACAGUGGGAACUACACAUGCGGAGAUCAUCAAUUUACCCACACCACGUCUCACAAAGACACAGCGGUUGAAACCAAAAAUGUCCUAUGUGGAUUCCAGACCAAAGGACACAUUUCCACUGGUCUAAUGUCCAUUGCUCGUGUUUCUUGGCCCAAGCAGGUCUCUUCUUAUUGGUGUCCUUUAGUAGUGGUUUCUUUGCAGCAAUUCGACCAUGAAGGCCUGAUCCACACAGUCCCCUCUGAACAGUUGAUGUUGAGAUGUGUCUGUUACUUGAAGUCAGUGAAGCAUUUAUUUGGGCUGCAAUUUCUGAGGCUGGUAACUCUAAUGAACUUAUCCUCUGCAGCAGAGGUAACUCUGGGUCUUCCAUUCCUGUGGUGGUCCUCAUUAGAGCCAGUUUCAUCAUAGCGCUUGAUGGUUUUUGCGACUGCACUUGAAGGAUCUUUCAAAGUUGUUGAUGUUCUGUAUUGACUGACCUUCAUGUCUUAAAGUAAUGAUGGACUGUUGUUUCUCUUUGCUUAUUUGAGCUAUUCUUGCCAUAAUAUGGACUUGGUCUUUUACCAAAUAGGGCUAUCUUCUGUAUACCCCCCCUACCUUGUCACAACACAACUGAUUGGCUCAAACGCAUUAAGAAGGAAAGAAAUUCCACAAAUUAUUUUUUAAGAAUGCUCACCUGUUAAUUGAAAUGCAUUCCAGGUGACUACCUCAUGAAGCUGGUGGUUGAGAGAAUGCCAAGAGUGUGCGAAGCUGUCAUCAAGGCAAAGGGUGGAUAUUUGAAGAAUUUUUUUGGUUACUACAUGAUUCCAUAUGUGUUACUUCGUCGUUUUGAUGUCUUCACUAUUAUUUUACAAUGUAAAAAAUAGUUUUAAAAAAUUAAGAAAACCCUUGAAUGAGUAGGUGUGUCCAAACUUCUGAUUGGUAGUGUACGUGUGCAUGUGUUUCAAUGACAUACGGUAAGGUCGGUGGCUGGGUAAGCACUGUAUAUUAUCAAAGAUUUACUCACAAAUAAACCUUGAUGAAGCCCAAGUUCACCAUACAACAGAUAUCUCCAACAACCAGAGUAACAUAGAUUAUUAACCAAAAUUGACAAAAAAUUUCACCAAAUGUAAAUACCAAUGUAACCAAGAUACAUUUACAUUUUAGUCAUUUAGCAGACGCUCUUAUCCAGAGCGACUUACAGUUAGUGAGAGCAUACAUUAUUAAAUUUUUAAUACUGGCCCCCCGUGGGAAUCGAACCCACAACCCUGGCGUUGCAAAUGCCAUGCUCUACCAACUGAGCUACAUCCCUGCCGGCCAUUCCCUCCCCUACCCUGGGCCAAUUGUGCGCCGCCCCAUGGGUCUCCCGGUCGCGGCAGGCUACAACAGAGCCUGGAUUCGAACCAGGUUCUCUAGUGGCACAGCGCCACUCGGGAGUAGACAAACGAUAGCUCUGAUGGUGGUAUAUUUCAUAUCAUCCGACAAAAUGCCACACUGCUCAACUCAGCUCAAGCCAUAGAUCGAUGUAGUUUCCACAGUUACAACUGAUAGCUGGCACUAAAAAUGACUGAUAAAUGCAGUUCAAAACGUCAAAAAAGUGUCAAAACAAUAAAUCUCAUGAAGUAGCCAAACCCUCAAAUUGUAAAGGAAAAUGCAUUUAGGCCUACCUUUACUUUUAAAUGAAGUCCAUUCGUCUGGUGAAACGCUCGGUCACAGCGUUGUAGAAGUCACAGCAGAACCCCAUGUCCAUUACUUUACUUUAUUCUGCAUGUACACUGCAGGACAGCCACGCACGUAGAAUUGUUGUAGUGUAGUUAGUCGCAUCCAUCUUGUAGAUGCCAAGGCUCGGGCCUCUAUUGAGUGGCGGGAGAAGCCCCAUUCCCACUAUGUCCACAAAGCAAAAGUAAAUGUAGGGAUGUCAAACGUUCAGCCCUUAUGGACGCUCUAGUCUAGUGUGCCUGGUUAAAUUGCGCUUAUGAGCAUUUCUUUACUCUCCAUGGUUAAAGUAGGAAGAAAUAGAUGUAAUUGUUGUAGAAGUGUGUGACUGUGCUACAUUUACUAUCAUUAUAUAUAAAAAAUAUUGAAUUACUUCUAAUUUUCCUAUGGUGGACAGAACAUGUUACUACAGUACAGAAACGUAUUCACCACACAAGAAUGACAGGAAAUACACAUCCUUUUUACCGCAGAUUGGUGAUGUUAAUAUUAAAGUUUAUAGUCAUUGCGAUCUUACAAAAUCGAUUGCUUAAAACAGGUCAACAUCUUUGGUUUAGUACAAGUGUUUUUGUCAUAAGCGCCAGUCCGUAGUGGGACUUGGAACGUAGCUUUCAUUUUCAGACCAUUGUGGCUAUGGUGUGCUCCUCCCAUAAAUGUCUCUAGCCUCACAUGAAUUCAUGGAUUUGAGGGUUAAGCUAUCAUUCAAAUGAAAGCCAACCCCUGUCGCUAUUUAGAAAUCAAUGUGAGGUGGUAAUUCAUUGAAAUAAUCCAGUCCAGAAAGUGUUGUUUCCUUUUCAGUAUUGGCCAUUUACCAAACUUAUUUUAUCACAGAUACUGUGUAAAUUGAUAAAUGGCGACACCACAUACAUUUAGUAUACCCAAGUUUAUUGAGUUUUUUCUGUUAGAAGAGCGCAAACGGUACAUAUUGCCACGGUUAUUGUCCCAGUUCCAUUGACAUGGCUUUCGGACAAGAUAUCCCCCAUGGCUAUCCAACUCGAUAGAUUCUCCAUUCACCGAGUGGACAGGACAGUGGAGUCAUGGAAAUUGAGAGGGGGAGGGGUUUGCCUCUUCAUCAACAACAAAUGGUGUCUGGCUCCGUUGUGAAUGAUAAUAGAAUCAGAGAUAAUGCUACAGGACAGCUUUGCUAGCGCUGAUUGGAAUAUGUUCCGAGACUCUGCCGAUAACAUCGACGAGCUAACCACCUCCGUCACCGGCUUCAUUAGGAAAUGCAUCGGCGACGUUCUCCCCACAGUGAAGGUUCGCUGCUUCCCCAAUCAAAAUUACUGGAUUAACACUGAGGUUGGCUAAAGGACAGGGCUACCGUACUCAGGGCUAUCGCAGACAACCCUGAGGCUACGGCUGAGGGCAGGAAGAAGUACAAGAAGUCCCACUAUGACCUCCGCAGAGUCAUCAAACGAGCAAAAGGAAAGAAUCAUAUUACACAGGCAUGUGGGAGGGGCUACAGUCCAUUACGGAUUACAAAGGAAAACCCAGCCAAGAUCUGCCCAACGAUCCCGCUCUACUAGACUAACUCAAUGCAUUUUAUGCACGCUUCGACAAUAACAACAUUGUGCCGUGCGUGGGCCUCCACCAACCCAGAGGACUGGGUGAUCUUCCUCUCUGAGGUCGACGUGAGUAAGCUCUUUUAUCCGCUCAACACUCGCAAGGCCGCGGGGCCACGGUAUUCCAGGGCGUGUUCUCAGAGCAUGCGCAUAAUAGCUGGCAGGCGUAUUCACUGUCCUUUUCAACCUCUCCUUGUCCCAGUCUUUAAUCCCAUAUGUCUUAAACUGAGCACCAUCAUUCCUGUUCCUAAGAACUCUAAGGCUUCAUCCCACAAUGACUACCGCCCUCUAGCACUCACAUCUGUAAUCAUGAAGUGCUUUGUAUACCCAGACACCCUAGACCCACUCCAAUUUGCAUACCACCCCAACAGAUCCAUAGAUGACGCAAUCUCAAUUGCACUCCACACUGCCCUCACCCACCCAGAUAAGAGGAAUACCUAUGUGAGAGUGCUGUUCAUUAAAUGCAGCUCAAUGUUCAACACCAUUGUCCCCUCCAAGCUCGUCAGCAAGCGUAGGACACUGGGACUGAACAACUCCCUCUGCAACUGGAUCCUAUACUUCCUGUCGGGCCGACCCCAUGUGGUGAGGGUAGGCAACAUCACCUCUGCCACGUUGACCCUUGAUUUGACUGGAUAGUAUAUGACAAUAGAGAUUGCGUCAUCUGUGGAUCUGUUGGGGUGGUAUACGAAUUCGAGUGGGUCUGGGAUGAUGGUGUUGAUGUAGGCCAUGACCAGCCUUUCAAAGCAUUUCAUGGCUACAAAUGUGAGUUCUAUGGGACGAUAGUAAUUUAGAGAGGUGAUCUUGGGCACCGGGACUAUGGUGGUCUGCUUGAAACUUGUAGGUAGGUAUUACACACCGGGUCAGGGAGAGGUUGAAAUUGUCAUUGAAGACACUUGCCAGCUGGUCAGCGCAUGCUCGGAGUACGCAUCCUGGUAAUCCAUCUGGCCCUGCGGCCUUGUGAAUGUUAACCUGUUUAUAGGUAUUCCUCACAUCGGCAACGGAGAGUGUGAUCACACAGUCAUCUGGAACAGCUGGUGCUCUCACGCAUAGUUCAAUGUGGCUUGGCCAUUAAGCGAGCAUAGAAGGCAUUUAGCUAAUCUGGUAGGCUUGCGUUACUGGGCAGCUCGCUGCUGGGUUUCCCUUUGUAAUCCGUGAUAGUUUGCAAUCUUAGUCCUUUAUUGUCGCUUUGCCUCUUCGAUGGUUCGUCAGAGGGCGUAGCAUGAUUUCGGUCACUGUGGGGACGACGUCAUCAAAGCACUUAUUAAUGAAGCCGGUGACUGAAAUGGUAAACUCCUACAUGCCAUCGGAUGAGUCCUUGACCAUAUUCCAGUUUGUGCUAGCGAAUCAGUCCUGUAGCUUAGCAUCCGCUUCAUCGGACCACUCCCGUAUUAAGCGCGUCACUGGUACUUCCUGUUUUGAGUUUUUGCUUGUAAGCAGGAAUCCGGAGGAUAGGGUUAUGGUCAGAUUUGCCAAAUGGAGGGCGAGGGAGAGCUUUGGAGGCGUCUCAGUGUGUGGAGUAAAGGUGAUCUAGAGUUUUUUCCCGCUGCUUGUUGCACAGGUGACAUGCUUGUAGAAAUUAGGUAAGUCGGAUUUCAGUUUUCGUGCAUUAAAAUCACCGGCCAUUAGGAGUGCCGUCUCUGGAUGAGCAUUUUCUUGUUUGCUUAUGGCCAUGGUGGUAAAUACACAGCUACGACAAAUAUAGAUGAAAACUAUCUUGGUAAAUAGUAUGGUCUUCAGAUUAUCAAGAGGUAGUCUAACUCAGGCGAGCAGAACCUCGAGACUUCUUUAAUAUUAGAGAUUGCGCACCAGCUGUUAAUGAAGAGACACCCACCAGCCCCCUUACGCUUAUCUGACACUGCCAUUCUGUCCUGCCGAUGCAUAGAAAAACAAGCUAGUUGUAUAUUAUCCAUGUCCUUGUUCAGCCAAGUUUCCGAGAAACAUAGGCUAUCACAGUUCUUCAGGUCCUGUUGAUAGGAUAGUCUCGAACGGAGCUUAUCCAGUUUGUUCUCCAGUGAUUGUAUAUUCGCCAAUAAAACAGAGGGUAGAGGCGGUUUACUUAUUCGCCGCCGCAGUUUCAUCACGGUGCCCGCACGUCGGCCUCUAUAUCGCCGUCUUUCUCUUCCGAGUGUCGAAGGAUUAGGUCCUCGUCCGGGGUGAGCAGUAUGUCUUGCGCCGACAACCUGUUGAAGUAGACAUUUUCAUUUAAAUCAAGGUUAGUGAUCGCUGUUCUGAUGUCUUUUCGGUCAUAGGAAACGAUAUCGCAAAUAUUAUGUAGAAAAAAAGACACAAAAUUGGUGAUUGGUCAACUGUAGGGGUGGGAACUAUGGAUGGGAUUUUUCAAUUAAGUGUUUGUAAGUGCUAGCUGCUUGGCUGGCUAGCUAGACUAGCAGAAUAGGCCUACUUACAUUUACAUUACAUUUUUGUCCUUUAGCACCGCUCUUAUCCAGAGCGACUUACAGUUAAGUGAGUGCAUACAUUUUCAUACUGGCCCCCCGUGGGAAUCGAACCCACAACCCUGGCGUUGCAAACGCCAUGCUCUACCAACUGAGCUACAUCCCUGCCGGCCAUUCCCUCCCCUACCCUGGACGAUGCUGGCUAAUUGUGCGCCGCAGAGAAAGCCAGCAAGCCAACCAACUAAACUAAAGACCUGUAAAACGUUUUAAUCAUACAACAUAAAAGCUUCCCAUUGGCAAAACCAAAAUCAAAUUUUGGUAGCAAGGCCCAGCUAGCUAGCUAGCUAUUGUUAGCAUACAGGGAGUAUGCGAGCACAGUCGUGUGCUCACGCCUUACCGAGUUCUGCUAGGAGCAAACAGGACCUAGUCUGCAGUCGCCCACCCACCGGCCUUGGCAAAAAGCGGAUGUUUUUGGUUUUCAGGGAUACAGUAUUUUCAACCUAAAAAAAAAAGCCUGCUAAGUUAGGUUAGCAGUGGCCUUAAGCGCUUGUGCACAUACAUACAGUAUGUAUGCUUGUGUUACUUUAUUGUCACGCUGUGUGUGUGUGUGUCUUGCAGGCAGUGUUGUGUAGGUACAGAGCUGGUAGACUGGCUGGUGCAGCAGAGUACCUGUGUACACACUCGCUCUCAUGCUGUAGGGAUGUGGCAGGCUCUGCUGGAGGAGGGAGUACUGAACCACGGUGAGACUAGAGUGCCCUCUGCUGGACACAACACUUUCAAAGGUCUUUAACCAUUUCUUCACAUAUAGGGAGAAUCUCAAUUGCAUUUCUUUGAUUCCUCACAUCCUCUCUUCUCGCCUCCUCCUCAAUACCCAAUGAAUGAAAAGGUUAGUGUUUCCUCCCCUCUGACCUUUUCCAGCUUCCCCACUAUGUUAGGUCAGUGAUUUACUAACCGUGUGUGUGUGUGCCUCCCCAAGUGGACCAAGAGCUGGGUUUCCAGGACAAGUACCUGUUCUACCGUUUCUUUGACGAUGAGGAGGAGGACACCCCGUUGCCUAGCGAGGAGGAGAAGAGAGAGAGUGAGGAAGAGCUUCCUGAGACCAUCCUCUUCCUCGCCCAGAUAGGACCUGACGCCCUGCUGCGCAUGAUCCUCCACAAACCGUCAGUAACAGACAGACAGACAAAACACUCAAACAUGCGUUUGAUCUAAUGAAUUGAAUUUGAAAUGUAAUGUAAAUCUCCUUUCUCUGUCUCUCUAGUCCUGGUCAGAGGACAGGUGAUGAUCUGGAGAUCAUCUAUGAUGAGCUGCUUCACAUCAAGGCCUUAUCCCACCUCUCCAACACUGUGAGUCUAGACUCUUUUCAUUUCAGCAAAGCCAUGUUGCUCUAAUGAGCUAAUAGUAGAAGUCCCAAAUGCUAACAUUAACUGUCCUGAUCUCGUUUGCAGGUAAAGAGGGAGCUGGCUAGUGUUCUGAUAUUUGAGUCCCACGCCAAAGCAGGAACCGUGUGUAAGUCCUGCUCUCACGUCCGUACUGUGUGUGUGUGUUUUAGGGACACACUAAGUUGUCUCUUCUCCUUCCAGUGUUUAACCAGGGAGAGGAGGGCACAUCCUGGUACAUCAUCCAGAAGGGCUCUGUCAAUGUGGUCAUCUACGGCAAGGUAUGACUUCUGUCUGUGUGUGUGUGUGUGUGUGUGUGUUCAUUUAUUUUUGUCUAUGGAAAUAUUUUCACAUGACUUAUGGGCCUACAAAAGAUGACACAAAAUAAUGCAGCUACAUACAGUAUCAGUCAAAUGUUUGGACACACCUACUCAUUCCAGGGUUUUUCUUUAUUUUUACUAUUUUCUACAUUGUAGAAUAAUAGUGAAGACAUCAAAACUAUGAAAUAACACAUAUGGAAUCAUGUAGUAACCAAAAAAGUGUUAAACAAAUCAAAAUAUAUUUUAUAUUUGAGAUUCUUCAAAGUAGCUACCCUUUGCCUUGAUGACAGCUUUGCACACUCUUGGCAUUCUCUCAACCAGCUUCAUGAGGUAGUCACCUGGAAUGCAUUUCAAUUAACAGGUGUGCAUUCUUAAAAGUUAAUUUGUGGAAUUUCUUUCCUCCUUAAUGUGUUUGAGCCAAUCAGUUGUGUUGUGACAAGGUAGGGGUGGUAUACAGAAGAUAGCCCUAUUUGGUAAUGGACCAAGUCCAUAUUAUGGCAAGAACACCUCAAAUAAGCAAAGAGAAACGACAGUCCAUCAUUACUUUAAGACAUGAAGGUCAGUCAAUACGUAACAUUUCAAGAACUUUGAAAGUUAGUUUCAAGUGCAGUCGCAAAAAUCAUCAAGCGCUAUGAUGAAUCUGGCUCUCAUGAGGACCGCCACAGGAAUGGAAGACCCAAAGUUACCUCUGCUGCAGAGGAUAAGUUCAUUAGAGUUACCAGCCUCAGAAAUUGCAGCCCAAAUAAAUGCUUCAAAGUGUUCAAGUCACAGACACAUCUCAACACCGACUGUUCACACCGACUGUGUGAAUCAGGCCUUCAUGGUCGAAUUGCUGCAAAGAAACCACUACUAAAGGACACCAAUAAGAAGAGACCUGCUUGGGUCAAGAAACAUGAGCAAUGGACAUUAGACCGGUGGAAAUUUGUCCUUUGGUCUGGAGACCAAAUUGAAGAUUUUUGGUUCCAACCGCCGUGUCUUUGUGAAACGCGGUAUAGGUGAAUGGAUGUCCGCAUGUGUAGUUUCCACCGUAAAGCAUGGAGGAGGAGGUGUUAUGGUGUGGAGGUGCUUUGCUGGUGACACUGUCUGUGAUUUAUUUAGAAUUCAAGGCACACUUAACCAGCAUGGCUACCACAGCAUUCUGCAGCGAUACGCCAUCCCAUCUGGUUUGGGCUUAGUGGGACUAUCAUUUGUUUUUCAACAGGACAAUGACCCAACACACCUCCAUGCUGUGUAAGGGCUAUUUGACCAAGAAGGAGAGUGAUGGAGUGCUGCAUCAGAUGACCUGGCCUCCACAAUCCCCCGACCUCAACCCAAUUGAGAUGGUUUGGGAUGAGUCGGACGGCAGAGUGAAGGAAAAGCAGCCAACAAGUACUAAGCAUAUGUGGGAACUCCUUCAAGACUGUUGGGAAAGCAUUCCAGGUGAAGCUGGUUGAGAGAAUGCCAAGAGUGUGCAAAGCUGUCAUCAAGGGGUGGCUAUUUGAAGAAUCUCAAAUAUAAAAUGUAUUUUGAUUUGUUUAACACUUUUUAGGUUACUACAUGAUUCCAUAUGUGUUAUUUCAUAGUUUUGAUGUCUUCACUAUUAUUCUACAAUGUAGAAAAUAGUAAAAAUUAAGAAAAACCCUGGAAUGAGUAGGUGUGUCCAAACUUUUGACUGGUACUGUACAACAGCUGGCUUGGAUACCCCUGGGGGGACAUGUGUCACAGUUUUGGAAACUCUGACUUGACUUUGCUCAUCAUAAGUCAGCACAUUAAAUGACUAGCUUAAGGGUCUCAGAAUACACACACACACACACACACACACACACACACACACACACACACAGUUUGAUUGGUCACAAUGUUCAUUAAUGCGAGCACUCCUCUAGCUGUCUGAAUCCUCUGUUUUUUAACCUUGUGCGUUUCUCAUCAGGGUGUAGUGUGUACCCUGCACGAGGGAGAUGACUUUGGGAAGCUGGCGUUGGUGACAGACUCAGCUCGAGCUGCCUCCAUCGUACUCAGAGAAGACAACUGUCACUUCCUCCGAGUGGACAAGGAAGACUUCAACAGGAUACUCAGGGUAUAGUUUUAUACUGUACCAAAUAUUAUUUUUUAUAACUAACCCAAGACAGACCACAGCCUGUCAUUUCCAAAGGGAGCAAAUUAAUCAUAGUGGGCAGAACAAGCAAGGAGGUGGGCAGAGCCAAGCACGAGCUAGCAAGGUCCUAUUGGCAAGUUCUAGCAUGUAUUUGCAUAUUUCCGUUAGGGAACGCCUACUCUGAGGUGCACGUGUGCAAUAACUAAAUUUGCCCUUGCACUCCUUCUAAACGACUAAAUUUUUUGAAACUUUGGCAAAGGGUGAAGUCUACAAAACUUUGUCCACUCUGUUAGUAGUUUUGGGAACAUAAAACUGUAUUGAGAUCAAAUGUUUCAUUGAUGAGAAGGUGCAGAAUGUCGGCAAAAAUCCAUCUCGCUCCAUCUUCUCCCACUACCGGCCACUGGGCUUCCUUUCAUAACCAUAUUUGGUGGUGAGUGGAAAUGCCAACCGGAUGCUUCAGAUUUAUACAUCCGGUGAAACAUCUGUCUCAUUGUUCUGUGACUGUACUGUCACAACACUGUGCAAUACUGUACCAUACUGUAAUUUACUUUACUUUAGGAUGUGGAGGCGAAUACAGUGCGUCUGAAGGAGCAUGAGCAGGCUGUGCUGGUCCUGGAGAAGAGUCCCAGAGCCUCUACUCUGGGAAACAUCAAGUACACUGUGAUGUCUGGAACCCCUGAGAAGAUCCUAGACCACUUCCUGGAGACCAUGAGGAUGGACACACACCACUCUGACCCAGGUACACACACACCAUGGCGCUUACACACACACACGACGGCACUUACACACACACACCUAGCUUACACACAGCCAGGUAGAGAUACACUGUGAGUCCCUAGGGUUGAGGGCCUGGUACUGUAUAGGACUGGAUGAUGGGUUGGUGGAUAUGAAUGAAUAUCUGUUUUCUAAUAUUAUUCUCUUUCUUCCUCUCUUUUCUCUUUCUGUCUUUUUCACCCCCUCCGCUCCUCUCAGAUCCUGCGGUAGAUGACUUUGUUCUCAUGCACUGUGUCUUCAUGCCUAACAGCCAGUUCUGCCAACUGCUCAUGGCACAAUAUCCUUUUUCUCCUUCCAACUCUCUUCUCUUUUACUCCUUUCUUCUCUCUCCUCUUGUUUUCUCCCUCUCCUUCUUUCUUUCUCUCCCUCCAGUUUCUGUUCUUGACAUAUUCAGUAUGUUACAUAUAGGUUACAGUUAUGUUUUACACUGGGUAUACAAAACAUUAAGAACACCUGCUCUUUCCAUGACCUAGACUGACCAGGGGAAAGCUAUGAUCCCUUAUUGAUGUCACCUGUUAAAUCCACUUCAAUCAGUGUAGGUGAAGGGGAGGAGACAGGUUAAAGAAGGACUUUUAAGCCUUGAGACAAUUGCGACAUGGAUUGUGUAUGUGUGCCAUUCAGAGAGUGAAUGGGCAAGACAGAAAAUGUAAGUUCCUUUGAACGGAGUAUGGUAGUAGGUACCAGGUGCACUGGUUUGUGUCAAGAACUGCAACGCUGCUGGGUUUUUCACGCUCAAGUUUCCCGUCUCUAUCAAGAAUGGUCCACCACCCUAUGGAUAUCCAGCCAACUUGACACAACUGUGGCAAGCAUUGGUGUCAACAUGGCUAGCAUCCCUGUGGAACGCUUUCGACACCUUGUAGAGUCCAUGCCCCGAUGAAUUGAGGCUGUUCUGAGGGCAAAGGGAGGGGAUGCAACUCAAUAUCAGGAAGGUGUUUCUAAUGUUUGGUAUAUAGGAUGAAUCACAAUAAUUGUUUGCUAAAAUAAUAAUAUUUGAAUAGAUAUAUAGAUAUUUUUAAUAGCUAUAUAUAUAUUGAGGUGAGCGCAUUGGAAAUGCUUUUGGCGGUUGACCUGCUUCUGUUUUGUGGGUGGCACUGUGUGCUGUUUUCGAAGGAUGGGUCCUGGCCUCUCGGGGGGCCUAGGGAUCCGGGAGGACGGGGGUGGGAUGCUGAUCACUGGGAUGACGGCCCAACUUGGGAUGGGGAGGGGCUUUAGCGGGGGGAAUAGUGGAGAACAAUUGGAGGGUUACUUAGUAGCAAUGCAAAUAUCAUGGUACAGCUGUAUGGACACUCAAUUGGUAAAUUUACAAACAUAUAUUAUGAUAAAUAGAUUUGAAACUUGUAUCUCAUUAUGGUAAGUGGUGAAAUAAGUAUAGCCAGUUAUAAUUGUAAUGGCUUAGCAGAUAAUAACAAAAUAACAAUAUUUACAUGACUCAAAGAGAAGGAAUAUAAUAUCUAUUGUUUACAGGAAACUCAUUCAACAAUUCUAGAUGAAGUUGUGUGGAAAAAGGACUGGGGGGGGCGAAAUAUACUUCUCCCAUGUGCAAAGAAACUCAAAAGGGGUGAUGAUAUUAAUUAACAGUAAUUUCGAUCCGAAUGUGCAAAUUGUCCAAACAGAUCCGCAAGGUAGAUUAAGGUAGAUUUAAGGAUUUUAAAUAUGUUAUUGGACCAUAAACAUAUAUGGCUCAUUAACCUUUACGGACCAAAUAAUUAUGAUCCACACUUCUUUGACAAUAUAUAUAUAAUAAAUUAUUAACCCUGCAAGCAAUACAAGACUCUAUUAUUAUGGUGGGAGAUUAUAAUACUGUUUUAAAUAGAUCAAUGGACCGUAAAGCGAAUCACACUACAAACUAUCAUCCUCAUGCUCUUAAGGAAAUCAUGAAUGUCAUGGAUACAUUAGAACUAGUAGAUAUAUGGAGGCUUAAAUAUGCUGACCUAGUGAGAUAUACAUGGCGGAAACUCAAUCAAGCUAGUCGUCUUGACUUCUUUCUUAUGUCAUUCUCGUUGGCACCAAAAGUUUAAAAAGUGUUGAUAGGGGACAGAAUGUGGUUGGACCAUCAUAUAAUUGGCAUAUACAUUACUCUUACUGAAUUUCCACGUGGGCAAGGAGGAUAUUGGAUGAUAACUUGUUUUUAACUAGGACAGAGGAAUUUAUAACAGAUUUUUUCCGACAUAACAUAGGUACAGCAAAUCCCCUUAUUGUAUGGGACACUUUUAAAUGUGCCUUUAGAGGCCAUGCAAUUCAGUACUCAUCUCAAAAACAAAAGCAAUUUAGGUCAAAAGAGUCCAUACUAACAAAGGAAAUAGAAGGUCUAACAGAACAGAUAGAUAGCAAUAAAAACUGUAACAUAGAGGAUCAGAAUAAAUUAGAGGAAAAACAACAAUAAAUGGAGAAACUUAUUAAAGAAAGAUCAAGUGUAAUAUAUUAUCAAAAUAAAGCAAACUGGAUGGAAUAUGGGGAAAAUGCACCAAAUUCUUUUUUAAUCUUAAACUUAGAAAUGCUACCAAAAAGAAUUUACUGAAACUGGUUACAAAUGACGGAGUCACCCAUGAUUCACCAAAUUAUAUUUUGAAGGAGGCGGCAAAGUACUUUAAGCAUACAGUAUGUUUUCAUUUCAGUCGCCUCCAUCUCCUCUAACUGAAGCUUUUUUUUCUAUUGAUAAUGUAAAAUUAACAGCCAUACAGAAAGACUCAUGUGAAGACUUUGAAAGUGUAGUUGUGUUAUAUCUUUAACCCUGUGUGUACCUACCAUGCGGUGGCUCCCCCGGGUUCGGAGCAGGAGAGGUUGGAGUACGCUGCCACCUGUAAGAGAAGAGUCCUCAAUCUGGCCCUGCGCUGGGCUGCAGUACACACACACCACCUACAGGAGGAGCCAGCAGCACUCACAUUCCUGGAGGUGCACACACACCAACACACACACACACACACACACACACACACACACACACACACACACACACACACACACACACACCUGACAAGUUGUCUAAGCGUGUGUUUCUGUCUCUAGGAGCUGUAUGGGAGUGUGUCCAAUGACUCACGGAUCCUCAGAGCUCUGAAAGACUUUGUACCCGAUUUGGAGAAGGUCGUAAAACUACAGUAUGUAAACCCUGACCUCUGACCUCUAACCCCCACGUGACCCUCAACCCCAAACCUUGGAUGUUUAGCAACAAAACAGAAGCGUGCGUAACUAUGUGGCAAAACAGACUGGGUUGAAAAUUAUAUUUAGUCUCCAAAUGUUUAUUGAAAACAUAAAUACAUUUGCACAAUGUGCACGUGUUGUCUCUCAAAUACAUUGUUACAGUUGUUGGUUAGCUAGUUAGCGAAUUUUAGCCAUAUUAGCAUUGACAUGAAAUCAGUCAAAACACCUAGAAACAAGACAUGGUAUCAAGAACAAGAUGAAACUAGCUGAAAUGAGUCACGAUUCCCCACGUCAGCUUCUUGUCAUUGUUGCUAGCUAUCUGGCCAUCCAGAAUCACAACAACUCAGACUUCUGCCCCAGUGAAGCGUGCGCAUCAUUUUGGUGCCGUCAGCUAACCCAUCUAUGUAAAGACAAUGCAUUAAUACAUACACUUCUGUUCUCUUGUUUCUAUUCUUCAGUUCAGAAGAGGCCAAAUUGAAAAAGGUAUGAACAGACUAUGUUUUCGGGUAGAGUCUGUGUGUGUCUGUAAAAGUGUGCGACGUGUGUUAUUUUUUUUAUCUCUGUGGCCUGUUUCAGCAGAAGGUCCUUCUUAGAGAGUUCAGCAACGGAGACGAGAGACUAGUGAAGAAACAACCCAUCAGGAACUGUGACGAAAGUGAGUGUAUUUGUGUUUGUGUCUUACUGCACUUUUUAUAAAAAACAUGUUAAAAACGUGUGUGUGUGUAGUCCUGUUGAAGGUGUACUGCAGUGACCAUACCUACACCACCAUCCGGGUUGCCGUGGCAGCCACAGGGAGAGAGGUGACCAGUGCUGUGGCUGACAAACUGGCCUCAAACGACGACCUACUAUUGGUCCACCUCAGCUCCGCAGGCGGUGAGGAGCCAAUCACAUCUCACUUCAUUUAUACUGUACAAAAAUAUAAACGCAACAAUUUCAACGAUUUUACUGAGUUACAGUUCAUAUAAGGAAAUCAGUCAAUUGUAAUAAAUUCAUUAUGUCCUAAUCUAUGAAUUUCACAUGACUGGGCAUGGGUGCAGCCAUGGGUGGGCCUGGGAGGUCAUAGGCCCACCCACUUAGGAGCCAGGCCCACCCACUGGGGAGCCAGGACCAGCCAAUCAGAAUACAUUUUUACCCACAAAAGGGCUUUAUUACAGACAUAAAUACUCCUCAAUUUCAUCAGCUGACCGGGAGGCUGGUCUCAGACAAUCCCACAGGUGAAGAAGCCGGAUGUGGAGGUCCUGGGCUGGCGUGGUUGGAUGUACUGCCAAAUUCUCUAAAACGACAUUGGAGGCAGCUUAUGGUAGAGAAAUGAACAUUCAAUUCUCUGGCAACAGCUCUGGUGGACAUUCCUGCAGUCAGCAUGCCAAUAGCACGCGCCCUCAAAACUUGAGACAUCUGUGGCAUUGUGUUGAGUGACAAAACUGCACAUUUUAGAGUGGCCUUUUAUUGUCCCCAGCACAAGGUAAUGAUCAUGCUGUUUAAUCAGCUUCUUGAUAUUUACAUUUACAUCAUUUAGCAGACGCUCUUAUCCAGAGCGACUUACAAAUUGGUACAUUCAACUUAUGGGACAACCACUUUUUUGAAGGAUUACUUUAUACUAUUCCAGGUAUUCCUUAAAGAGGUCUCCGGAAGGUGGUCAGUGACUCCGCUGUCGUGGGGGAGCUUGUUCCACCAUUGGGGUGCCAGAGCAGCGAAUAGCUUUGACUGGGCUGAGCGGGAACUGUGCUUCCGUAGAGGUAGGGGAGCUAGCAGGCCAGAGGUGGAUGAACGUAGUGCCCUCGUUUGGGUGUAGGGUCUGAUCAGAGCCUGAAGGUAAGGAGGUGCCGUUCCCCUCACAGCUCCGUAGGCAAGCACCAUGGUCUUGUAGUAGAUGCGAGCCUCAACUGGAAGCCAGUGGAGUGUGCGGAGGAGCGGGGUGACAUGAGAGAACUUGGGAAGGUCGAACACCAGACGGGCUGCAGCGUUCUGGAUUAGUUUUAGGGGAUUAAUGGCACAGGCAGGGAGCCCAGCCAACAGCGAGUUGCAGUAAUCCAGACGGGAGAUGACAGGUGCCUGGAUUAGGACCUACGCCACACCUGUCAAGUGGAUGGAUUAUCCUGGCAAAUUAGAAAUGCUCACUAACAUGGAUGUAAAGAAAUUAGUGCACACCAUUUGAGAGAAAUACAUUUUUGUGCCUAUGGAACAUUUCUGGGAUCAUUUAUUUCAUCUCAUGAAACACGGAACCAAUAUAUAUAUAUAUAUAUAUAUAUAUAUAUAUAUAUAUAUAUAUAUAUAUAUAUAUAUAUAUAUAUAUGCCAUUUAGCAGACGCUUUUAUCCAAAGCGACUUACAGUCAUGCGUGCAUACAUUUUUGUGUAUGGGUGGUCCCGGGGAUCGAACCCACUACCUUGGCGUUAAAAGCGCCGUGCUCUACCAGCUGAGCUACAGAGGACCACACUUUACAUGUUUCAUUUAUAUUUUUGUUCAGUAUACAUAUCAUUUAUUACUGUCAUUUUCUAUUCCAACGUGUGUGCCUUCUCCUGUACAGAGAAGCAGAUGCUGAAGCCCAAUGACGUGUCUGUAUUCUCCUCUCUGAGCAUCAACGGGCGAAUGUUCGCCUGUCCCCGGGACCAGCUGAAUGCUCUGGUGAGAGAGAAUGAGGAAUAGAAAUGUGGCAACAUGUUUUCCUUUGAGGCACAACCAUACUGUACAUCAGGGAGCAUACAUUUUUUUUCUUGAGCGGAUGGUCACGGGGCCGGAACAUAGGUACAAAUCAUUGGUAGACUGAAAUUGACCGCAAGAAGCCCAAACAGAUAUCAUAUUUGACUAAAACAUAAUAAUUUCAAACCUUGCUUACAUUUGUAUACGAUCACAUAUACAGUGUCUCUCUAUUAUGCGCGGGAAUACUUUGGAACAGAUUUCCAAAAUUAACAUGACUUGGAGCUGUUUUGCUGGUGUUUUUACAGUAUUUUUGUGUCCAACAAUAAAUAAAAUAAAUAAUUUGCUCAGAAAACUUGACGGGCCAAAUAAAAUCACCCGUGUGCCAAAUUCGGCCUGCGGGCUACCAGUUGGGGAACCCUGCUGUACAUCAUAGUGAUUUGUAGACAAUAACCCAGUGUGUGUAUGUGUAUCAGACCCCUCUCCCAGACCAGGAGGGGCCCUCAGCGGGGUCCAUGUCCAGUUUUGAGCUGAUGAGUUCUAAAGACCUGGCCUACCAGAUGACCCUGUAUGACUGGGAACUCUUCAGCUGUGUACACGAGGUAGACUCAUACACACCCUUGCUAAUUUGAGAUAACCAAGCUUGUCUUUCUGUACACCUGGACCCUAUAGUAUGCGUUUCCUCUCCUCCCUGCUGUAGCAUGAGCUGUUGUAUCACACGUUUGGCCGUCAGAGCUUCAGGAGAACCACCGCCAACCUGGACCUCUUCUUACGCAGGUCUGAUUUGAAUCAAACAUGGUAUCUAAAUAACUUCAAUUACUUUUUUUCUAGGCAGGUUGUUGAUGCAUGUUACAGUAUGUUAUUUGACCUGCGUGGGAUUGUGUGGUCGUGGUCAGGUUCAACCAGGUGCAGCUGUGGGUGGUGACAGAGGUGUGUCUGUGUGGUCAGCUCAGCAAACGGGUUCAGCUACUGAAGAAGUUCAUCAAGAUUGCUGCUCAGUGAGUCUUGUGCACACAAACAGUCAAACACUCACUCGUUCUGUAGAUACGCACGCUCAUAGAUUAUUGAUGGUACUGAAAUGCUUCUUCAGUCUCUCAUUGUAUUGUUGAUGUUGCUUUCUCCAGCUGUCGGGAGUUUAAGAAUCUGAACUCGUUCUUUGCCAUCAUCAUGGGUAUGAGCAACCCUGCAGUCAACCGACUCACCCAGACCUGGGAGGUAAACCAUGACUACUACUAUAGUGUUAAAUUACAGCUUUUCUAUACAUUCACUGAAAACUGAAGCCCCUAAACCUUUCUCUUUCUGUUGGCAGAAACUCCCCAGCAAGUUCAAGAAGUUCUAUGCUGAAUUUGAGAGCAUGAUGGUGAGUUGCUUCUCAAAGACCAAUUUCUAUUUGACCCCUAAGUGGACAAUAAAAAAAGUUAUUGACCUUUGAACUGUGAUGUGUGUUAACAGGACCCGUCCAGGAACCACCGGGCCUACCGCCUGACCGUCACCAAAAUAGAGCCGCCAAUCAUCCCCUUCAUGCCCCUCCUCCUCAAAGGUAAGCUCCGGUCACGAUCAGUAGGCAAGCAACGGAAAACCGUUUUCAAACGGAAAUCGAGGUGAGAAAGUUAACUCCUCUGUUUCAAACUGUGCUUUUUCUGUUCUCUUCUCAGACAUGACUUUCAGUCACGAGGGCAACAAGACAUUCAUAGACAACAUGGUCAACUUUGAGAAGAUUGUGAGUAUACACAGGCGUUCAUAAGAUGCUCAUAAACUCUUCAUGCCACUUGUAUGAAUGUUGUAGUCAUAGAAUUAGGUUGUAGUGUCAACAACCUUCAUAGAACAUUAAUACAACUUAUGUAUGACAUGUGACAACUGGUGUACCACACCCCCCGCAAGCCCAGCAGUUCGGGGGGGGGGGGGGCAACCCAGAAAAUAAGCAUAUGAACACAUCAUAAACCAUGAAAAAUUGUGUAGAAUAGCAUGAUAUUAGCUAUAAAACUGCACAUUUCUUUCCCUGCCCCAUGGCAAAAUGUGUAGAAUUGCAGGGAAUUAGCUGUUAUCCUAAACAAUCAAAUGGGUUGCGAGGUGGGGGACUUGCUCGGAUCUUGCGGGGGGUGGGCUCGCGAAACUGCGGUAUGCCACUGCAUGUGACACUGCUUGUUGUUGUGUUUUCCAGCGGAUGAUCGCAAACACCAUCCGGGCAGUGAGACACUGCAGGAGUCAGCCGUUCAGUAAGUCUCUGCUCUAUCACUAACAAGUGAGCCUUUAAGCUGGACCCAUAACAAUAGGCAUUAACAAUACAUCUCUCUCUCUCUCUCUCUCUGUCUCUCUCUCUGUCUCUGUCUCUCUCUCUCUCUCUCAGACCCUGAGGUGUGUCAACCCAAUAAGAACCAUGCUGAGGUGAGGGGUUACGUCAGGAAGCUGUGUGUGAUUGACAACCAGCGGACCCUGACAACGCUCUCCUAUAGGCUAGAGCCCCGCAGGACCUGAGCCCGCCCACCAUCGCAGUAGUUACGUAUGUGACAUCAUACUGAACCAUCAGCUCUAUGACAUCAUACAGAACCCUCAAGCCUCCGCGAGAGAUCACAGGUAACCUACAUCACUGUGACAUCACAUGGCUUCAUCUGGCCUCUGAUAUCAUCUGGAAAACUCAGACCUCUAUGACAUCACAUGGAAUUCUUAGCCCUCUAUGACAUCUUACCGAAACCCUUAGCCCUCUAUGACAUCACACAGAACCAUCAGCCUAUGCGACAUCACACAGAAGAGAGAUGAUUAGAGAUCCGAGACACUUGUUAAUUGUAAGGUUACUGUACACGUAGAUAGAAAAAUGCAAGUACUUAAAGUGACUGAAAAAAAUCUGAUUUCAAAAGUAAAAACAAUAGGUUUUAGGUAUUUUUAGUGAUUAUCAGUAUCCCUUACUAUAAGCAGAUGUCAAAAAUAUGAAGAAAGUAUAUUGUACCAGUUUCACAAAUACCAAGAUCUUUUACAUAGUGUUAUAGAGAAGCAAAACCCCUAGCAUUGUUAUGCCAGUGUUAAGCUCUGUUCUGAAAUCUUUCCUCAAAUUCUUGUUUAUUUUUGCAUGAAAGCACAACUCAUGUAGCAUAUUGAUAUUUCUGUUAAAUCAGUCAUCCUUCUCAGUUGUGUUCUCUUCAUGUACUUUUGUAUAUGUGGAUACAGUAUAUUUGACUCUUGUUUUACCUCAGGACCGCAUUAUGAUGUCAGUGUGUUGAGAGUGUCUAGUCUGUCUGAUCUUUAAAUAAAAAAAUAUCUAAUAUAUCAAUCAAAACAUUUUAUGCUGGCGGUGGUUAUUGCUGAUUUGGUCACUGUUUUUGUCCAUGAAAGUGAUGUCACCCUCUCUGUCCCCAGUUGAUGAUGUCAUCAAAGUCGUUCCUGGUUGGUCGUGUCACCAUGGUCAUUCCAGACUGGUGAUGUGACUGUCCCCCUCAUUCCUGGUGUAUGUGGUGGGAGUGUGUUUUUAGUUGCUGAGUGAGUGAGAGACAGGGUUGGUUGUCAGACUAGAGAAGAAUCGUUCUCUAGCCCUGUGUCUGACCUGUGAAUUGUGUCUGACCUGUGUGUGUGAUGCCAUGCAUGCCCUGAAUGCUAGCAGCCUUAUUUGAACUGACAGCAAGAGGUCACACACCGAACAUCCACCCCAUACAUACACUGGGAAAGCAGAGAACAGGCAGGCGAACAGAAUGUGAUUAACACACACACACACACUCUUAUCUCUAACUCUCGCUCUCUUUCUCGAUCCAAGUGUGUGUGUUCUGUAGUCUCACCACAGGGUGGCGCCUCAGCACCUGGCCUGAAUGAGGGAGUGAAUGAGGUCUUACUACAUUUACUGAGAGACUCUCGCUGUCUGCUGUCUCUCACUUCAUUCUCUCGCUCCAUUCUGCUAUCGGGUGUGAUCAAACUUAUUCUCCCUCCUACCUUUUCUCUCUUUCUCUCUCUCCGUUCCCUCGCUCUCAGUUUGCUCUGUGUACUCAGAGCGGCUGUCGUCGAGUGUGUGUGUGUGUGCCAGUAUGCCAUGUCGUCUCUGAGUUCGUCGUUUGUCCAGAUAAAACAUGAGGACCUGCGGUUCUAUGAGAACUGUGGAGGGGGCAGCUUUGGGAGUGUGUACCGAGCACACUGGAUAUCUCAGGAUAAAGAGGUUGCCGUGAAGAAACUACUCAAGAUCGAGACUGAGGUAAGACCGAGACACACACACACACACACACACACACACACUCAAGUGAUUUGGUAUGCCUUUCCUCCAUGCCAGUCAUUUGAUUUGAGACAGCUCUCUCCUGUUCUCUCUCCAGUUCUCUCCAGUUGCCUGUGUGUUGAUUUGGUUUAAACACUCCUCUCAUUGUGGAGUACAGUAUUUGUUUAUAACAUAGGCUACUCCUAUUGUGUGAAAUAAGGUAUGGGCUAGCUAUUUCUUAGGUGUGUGUAGUACUGCAGUUCAGUGAUUCCUAACCAAAUUCUGGGUCAUGGACACGCCCCUCCUUUUUUCACAAUGAACAAAAGACUAUGUCCUGCCACAUCCCAGUCUAAAGUUGUGACCCAGUAUAAAUUGGUUCCCGAACCAGCAGAAAACCCUGUUGUGGGUUAUGGUGGCCUGGCAGUGACACUGUCAUAAAACCCCCUGACUUCCUCCCUCGAGGGCUGAAUAACUGUUAGUACAUAUGCUGGCAGGGGCACUGCUGAUCACAUGCACACACACAUGUGCACACUCACGCAUGCACACGCACAUUCACGUGCCUGCAAACAGACACAUGUAUGUUUGUGUCUGUUUGCAGGCACGUCUGUUUGCAGGCACUUCUCAACAGCUUCUACCCCCAAGCCAUAAGACUCCUGAACAGCUAAUCAUGGCUACCCGGACUAUUUGCACUGCCCCCCCACCCCAUCCUUUUACGCUGCUGCUACUCUGUUAAUUAUUUAUGCAUAGUCACUUUAACUCUACCCACAUGUACAUAUUACUUCAACUAGCCGGUGCCCCCGCACAUUGACUCUGCACCGGUACCCCCCUGUAUAUAUAGCCUCCCUACUGUCACUUUAUUUUACUUCUGCUCUUUUUUUCUCAACACUUUUUUUUGUUGUUGUUGUUUUAUUAUUAUUUUUUAUUUAUUUAAAUAAAUGCACUGUUGGUUAAGGGCUGUAAGUAAGCAUUUCACUGUAAUGUCUGCACCUGUUGUAGUCGGCGCAUGUGGCCAAUAAAAUUUGAUUUGAUUUGUAUGCAUGCACAUACUCUGCAGGAAUUUUGCUUUGAGAAACUCUAGCCUUGAUGCUUGGUUACAAAACAGUUGGAUUGUGUUACAUGAUCAUGUUCCAUGACUCUAUCUAGUAAGAGGUUGAUACAAGUUGUUUGUGUUCUAGAUACGGCCUGUUAGUGAGUUGAUUGAUUGCAUGUUUGCCAUGUUGACGUUGUGUUCCUAAGUGCUCUGACCCUAACCUUAGCGUGAAGAAGUUCAUACAGUACACAGAUGCAUAGCAGAAAUACAUUCUGUACAACCCUCAGAUUGCUUAAAUAAAAUGUAUCAAAAUGCAUUAUCAUAGAAUUAGGAAUUAGAUUACUAACACUGCAAUUUUAAUAGGAUUUCUAAAUUAUGACUCAUACUCUUACUGUAAGUUAAAUACUGUGCAUACGCUCUCUCCUCCUUACCCCUCUCUCCAGGCUGAGAUUCUGAGUAGCCUCAGUCAUAAGAAUAUUAUUCAAUUCUAUGGUGCCGUACUGGAGUCCCCCAACUAUGGCAUCGUCACAGGUCAGUGUGUGUUUCCUGAUACACAUUUCUGAUGGACAUGGAACCACAGGUCUAUGAUCAACAUUUAGGCCACUGAGCGUGUGUGUGUGUGUGCGCUGAGUUUCCUGGCAGGACAUUUGUAACUUAACCCAGGUUUUUAUGUGUCUACUCCAUGUGGUCAUAUGGUUGAGAUCAGCUCUGUGACAGCACUGCCCAUAUGACUUACAGAACACACUACCCAGUGUGUGUGUGAGCCUGAUGUGCUAAGCUGUGUUUGACGUUUCUCAAGUCGUUGUGAUAAAUAAGUUCAGGUUGUGAGUGACAGGAAGAAAAUUGUUGGACGAUCUCGAACCCUGUUCUCUCUCUGUGUGUGUGUGUGUGUGUGUGUGUGUGUGCAUGUGCUAUUUAUUUAUGCAGUUAAGUGUUUAUUCUGCACUACACUGUACUGUAUAUUUCAUGUAAACUGUCCUUGGGUUUUAGAGAGACAUUAUGUUACACACUCCAGUUAUUUUUUAACUUUUCUUGUUGAAAAACAAUAUCCCAAGUAUAAAUACAGUAAUGUAUACACACUUAACGGUGAGCGAAAGAGUUAUUUUUUUUUACACCUGCAAACUUCAAGGAGUAGGGCAUUCAAGGAGAGGGUCUGAUGUGAUGUCAUCGGCCUCCCCCCUCGCUUGAGGAACAAUAGAGGAGCAAUAGAGAAUUAAAGAGGAAAGGCCCACCAAAGAGAGAGGUCGCCAAAUCACCUGUGGGCUAAAUUCGGCCCGCGGGCCGCCAGUUGGGGAACCCUGGUUUACAGUACGUGUUGUGAUCUACUCUACAGAGUAUGCGGGCGGAGGUUCUCUGUAUGAGUACCUCUCCAGUGAACAGAGUGAGGAGAUGGACAUGGAACAAAUCAUGACCUGGGCCAUGCAGAUAGCCAAAGGUAAGGACAGAGGGUUAGAUUGACCCAUGUUUUAAGUCUUUAAGUUCCCCUGUACCUAGAGAACCGUUAGCAUGCUAAUUAAGCCCUUUGGUUUAGUUCUGUCAUCUAUGAGAAGGCAAUAGGAGCAUAUUCUCAUCUGGUGUGAGGAUCAGUGACUUGUUUGGAGACUGGUAGCCAUUGUUUAGCCGAGUUGUUAACAUUUUGCUGGUCUGUUAUUGGUUCAUGGCUGAGGAUGUUUAAUGUUUCUGUCCAAUAGGAAUGCACUAUCUUCACUCGGAAGCCCCAGUCAAAGUCAUUCACAGAGACCUCAAGUCACGAAACGGUAACCAACCGCACACACACUCUGCAACCAAACGUAUAUCUACCCUCCAGGACAUCCAACAUUUCACGCACUACUGCUGCUACUUAAUCAUUUUCAGAUGUGAACUAAUGGCUAUAGUUUCAUACUUGGGGAAAGCAAAAACCACAAGUAGAACCCCCCCACUGACUCAUCUCUUUGUGUCUCAAUACAGUGGUACUGACAGCAGACAAAGUGCUCAAGGUACAGUAGGGUCUCUAACAGUUAUUGUAUGUUCCACUUAUCCAUCCAUGAUUCUUUUGUAACUAAGUGUCCCAAUGCCGUCUCUCUCCCUGGUGCGUUGUCAGAUCUGUGAUUUUGGAGCGUCUAAGUUCCAGUCCCACACGACCCACAUGACCGUGGUGGGCACCUUCCCCUGGAUGGCCCCAGAAGUAAUACAGAGCCUACCUGUAUCAGAGACCUGUGAUACAUACUCCUACGGCGUGGUGUGUGUGCUGGAGGGGAGGCAUUUAAUAUUUUCUACGUCAAGUGGUUUUUCAGCCAAAUAUUGAAUGUAUCAUUGUGUGUAUGUGCGUGCAUUCCCAGGUGCUAUGGGAGAUGCUGACACGGGAGGUUCCAUUUAAAGGCUUCGAGGGGCUGCAGGUGGCUUGGCUUGUUGUGGAGAAACAAGAGGUACCCACACAUCCAAAGACACGUUGUUCUGAUUUUAGGAAUAGUUAAGAGCUUCAAGGGGCUCAGGUUCACUCACAAAUAAAAGACGGUCAUAUGCAAUACCAAACAUAAAACAAACACAACACUGAACAAGCAACACACACAGAGCUAGAGUAACAAUGUGAUGCUCUCAUGCUUUCCGCUGUGAGGAGGGUAAGGGGUAUUUUUAGGGUUGAUGUCAGCUCUCUGCUCUUGUAAGGCAUGGAUACUCUGCUGUGGAGCUAGGCCAGGACGUGUAGUUUUACUGUGUGUGUGUGUGUGUGUGUGUGUGUGUAGGGGGUUAUACUCCGUGCUUAAUUUGUUCACUGACAGAUUUGCUGCACAUUCCCGACUAUAGACUAUGCCUUGGCUACACACAAUCCACAGCUAGGCAAAAACGAAAUAAGAAAGCUCUUGAUCCUCUGUGGCUAAAUUAUAGGCCUACUCCUGGUGUGUUAUUCUGAAUUAUUUCAUUUCAGUGAAUCUCAAUCUAGUUAUGUGAGAGAUUCAGGCGCGCUUCUCUCUCUCACCACCGCAACGGCCAUGCGUUAGUCUAUCUCUAGGCUACAAUGUUGCGCAAACCAUAAACUGACUCAACAUCAAUCAAUUCUUAGAAUAUCAGGCAUGUUUUCACAUUACGCUUUUUUUUUAGGGUGCAGGAGAAUUACAGAGGAGGCAACUCGAUUUUAACACUGAUUGCUUUUAUUGGACUUUUUACAUUGCAAACCGUGAAAAUUAUUCUUCAUGCUAGGAGAGGUACCUGAUCCGGGCAAAUAGGUUCCGGAAUGAAACAGUCCAUAACUGAGAAGUGCCAGAUCCUGUUCCAGCAGGAUCCGGCUCAAAUGAAGCAUUGGUUAUACUGUGUUUGUGCGUGCGUGUGGAAGGGGGUUCCAACUGUGUGUAUUCCAGUAAUAGUGUACUGUCACCCAUAGAGAUCUGAGAACAUGAUUCCUGAGUAUCCUAGCAUACUUUUGGAUGGGGUCCAAUAGUAGUCCCUAAAUAACCAGAGCGAGAGAGAGGGAGAAGGGGGGGGGGGGGGGUGACCAUUAUACUAACCGUUACUGAGAGAGAUUUAUUUCAGUUUUAAUCCCCCCCCAGAGGAAACUGUUUCCAUAUCCCCCUGCCCUUCUCAGUGGAUGUAUCCUAUAACCCAAUGUUUCCCAACCCUGGUCCUCGACUACCCCCAACAGUACACAGUUUAAUUGUAGCCCUUGACAAACACACCUCAUUCAACUCAUUGAGGGCUUGAUGAUUACUUGACAAGUUGAAUCAGGUAUGCUUGUCCAGGGUUACAAUAACAAUGUGUACUGUUGGGGGUACGAGGACCAGGGUUGGGAAACGCUGCUAUAACCUGCUGUUGCUAUGUAAUGCCCCCCCCCCCCCCCCCCCCCCCCCCCCCCCCCCCCACUGGAAUUUAAAGGCACAGUUGACAUUAUACUGUAACUGAUGGGUUACUGGUUCAACUCCCUGCUGAUCGGGGACUGUAUCCCCUCUAAGACUACAUUUUAAUGGGGGAGCCUCAGCAUUUCCUACUUCAUAUUGUGAGUGUGUUCCUAUGAGUGUAAUAUUCCUCUGAGUGGGUGUGUGUGUGUGUGUUCCAGAGGCUGACCAUCCCCACCAGUUGUCCGCCUAGCUUCGCUGACCUGAUGAAGAAGUGCUGGCAGGCCGAACCAAAGGUGAGAGGGCAAAGGUCAGGGCUACCACACAAUCAUCUCCAUAUCUGGCUCUGGAGAUGCCAAAUCCUGCACACCCUAUACACUGAGUGUACAAAACAUUAGGAACACGCUCCUAAUAUUGAGUUGCACCCCCUUUUGCACUCAGAACAGCCUCAGUUUGUCGGGGCACGGACUCUACAAGGUGUCGAGUGUUCCACAGGGAUGCUGGCCCAUGUUGACUCCAAUGCUUCCCACAGUUGUGUCAAGUUGGCUGGAUGUCCUUUGGGUGGUGGACCAUUCUUGAUACACACGGGAAACUGUUGAGCAUGAAAAACCCAGCAACGUUGCAGUUCUUGACACACUCAAACCGGUGCGCCUGGCACCUUCUACCAUUCCCCGUUCAAAGGCACUUAAAUCUUUUGUCCCGCCCAUUCAUCCUCUGAAUGGCACACAUACACAAUCCAUGUCUCAAUUGUCUCAAGGCUUGAAAAUUAUUCUUUAACCUGUCUCCUCCCCUUCAUCUACACUGAUUGUAGUGAAUUUAACAGGUGACAUCAAUAAGGGAUCAUAGCUUUCACCUGGUCAGUCCAUAUCAUGAAAAGAGCAGGUGUUCCUAAUGUUUUGUACACUCAGUGUAGUUCUCCAGGGCCAGAGUUGGACACCCGAGCAGCUGGUGUUGACCCUGAGCUCUCAAGGCUAGCUCACUAUGAACUGUUACAGAAGCCUGAACUAUAGUUAAAGUCCUAAUGUGCUAAGUUGGCUGUGUGCAGACUACAAUUCAAUUUGAGUCUUAGUUGAAAGAUAUCAAAAGUGUAUGUGUUUUCUAGGAGCGUCCAGUGUUUAAGCAGGUGUUGGGGACUCUGGAGACCAUGUCUAAAGACAGCAGACUACCAGAACAGUGUAACUCCUUCCUACACAACAAGGACCAGUGGAGGUACAAUUACAGUUUGUGUGUGUGUGUGUGUGUGUGUGUGGGGCUCUGUUUCAGACGUGUGUGUGUGUGUGUGUGUGUGUGUAAUGUAUGUCAUAUACAGGUGGUAGAGUAAGCAGUCUGGAUUGUUUAAGCUCCAACUUUCUGCAGCCAGACACAGGACAGAGAGCAGGGCUCACUGUAUACACUCACAACUUAACAAGAGGCCCCAGUGUGUGUUUAUGUGUGUGUGUGUCUCAGGAGAGAAGCUGAAUGCAUGACCCUGCUGGCUCGUUGGCUUUGGUCUAUAAUAAGACUAUGGUACCUAUCCAUGUAGGAGAUUCCUCUACUUAGCCUGUUUCUACCAGAGCGAGAGAGAGCGAGAGAGUUCACAAAAUAAGCAUUUAGGGGGCAGCUAGAAGUCAAGUACGGGAAAAAGAGGGGAGAGGGUGCUGUAUAGAGGGGGGCAGAAAUGUAAAGAGUGCAUGUGAAAUAUACAAACUGAGCGAGAACGAAGAGAGACAACAAGGAGUAGAGAAAGGAGGAGGGGGGAGAGGGUGACAGAUUCUGUUUGUGUUUGACAUGAGUGUGGCAAGAUAAUCAAUUAUGAGGGAGGUAUGGAGAAUGGGUGGAAAGAUCUGGGUGAGAGAGGGAGGGAGAGCGUGAGGGGGAAUCGAGGGGAAGAGGGAGGGAGGUUUAGUAAUAGAGGGAGGGGAAACAUUGUGAAGAGGAGAGGUGGAGAGAAGUAGGGAGAGGCGAGGAGUGGGAUUGGGGGUUGGAGAGGGGGAGGAGUUUAAAGAGAGGGAAAGAGGGAAAAGUUGAGGGGGAGGGAGAUAUGUCCUUGCGUCAGAUGUCUGUGUUUAUUUAGGUGCUGUGAGAGCUGCUGGUGUUUGUGUGUGUGAGCGCGCGAGAGAGCAUUCCAUUAUGUCCCUUUAUAUCAUAGACUAAACAGUGCCACAUGCUGGAAUAAACUGGCAGUACGAGACAACUGCUAGGUUUCAGAUUACAGCGCUUUCAAAACAGAGCAACUCGAUCCCAUACUGUCUCUUAAAAGGAAAAUGACUUACCUUGAUAAAAGUUUACUAAGCCACUGCCACUAAUUUCUAACAUUAGCAUUGAUGACCACAGAUCAAGGGAAGGGACAUGGGCAUAUGAUUAACAGUAGGUCUCCUCUCUGUAGGUGUGAGAUAGAUGCUACGUUGGAGAGGUUGCGGAGGCUGGAGAGAGACCUGAGUACCAAAGAGAAGGAGCUGGAGGAGAGGGAGAGAAGACUGAGACUGUGGGAGGAGAGAUUGAUGGAGAGGUCCAAUGUCACCCCUGUGAGUAGCCUACAUAUUUGCCGGGUUUCAAAGACCAUGAUGCUUCAUUCAUAAACAUUUUCUAUUUGUUUUACAACCUUAUUUGAGAUUUAGAUAUUAGAAACAGUCAUGUUGUAUGGUGUCAAAGCCCCGCAUCCCUAGAGUAACAACACAUUUAUAGUGUGGUUAAUGAUGACAUCUGGGUUGUGUUCAACUGCCCCCCCCAUCUCUUUCUCUCUUUCAGUUCUUCUCCCCCAUAGCAUCAGGCAUCAGCUCGGAGUCGUUCUUCCGUUCUCAGUCUCAGGAGUCCAACAGCGCCAAGAUAUCCUGCCU